GUGACACUGGAGAAGGUGCUAGGGAUCACAGCAUUUGGGAACCGUGCUUUGGCCUGCGACCCUCGCUCUGGACUAGUGGCCUACCCAGCAGGGUGAGUGACCCGGAGAACACCCUUUACGCAUCCAACAACUAAACCUAGUAGUACAGUAAAUGGGUUUAAUGUCUAGGCCUAGUACUGCACCUCGUUCACCUUCCCACAUCUUGUCAUUCUACUACUUGUUCAUUCAACUUCAUUGCAAUGUUUGUUGUUUGUUUCUCUUUUGCCCUUAGCUACUUGAAUGAAUGAAAAAGCAUUUUUGGAAAAUGUGAAGCAUAUGAGUGGCACCCAUGUGUGAUCUAUCAUUACAGAACUGACUGGAUAGACAGAGGCAGAGCACCAUCGAGUCAGUUCAGAACUGACUAGGUAGACAGAGGCAGAGCACCAUUAGGUUUUGAAUUUAAUACAUUUCAGAACUCCCUGGACGGUAAGAUGAUUCAAAGAGUGAGUAGAGCGCGAAAGCUGGAGAGAUGGAGGAGGAAAGUCAUUUCUCAGCAGUGAUAAGGACCUGUGUGUAUUGUAUUCAUCAGGGGAAAGAUAUCUUGCGGUAUAUGAACACAGAAGAGCUGUGUCACGAGGAGCCGUUUUGGUCUAGGUCAACACUUUCUGGGAAAGUCCUUGCUACAAGGUUUGAGAGGCGGUAUGUAGUAUGCCGUGCAAGGCACUGCUAUACCUGGGAUUUUAGCCAUGGUUUAAGUUUUAGGUAGACAGCUUGAUGCUUUCCUUGUACUACUACAGUCACACUGUUAUACCACUUCAAUAACAUGUAAUGUCAUUUUCUUCCUAAGGAGUUACAUCUUUAGAGAUGAUAGGGCCUAAGUUGCAUUAGCUAGACCUUUAACUCCGUUUUCAGUGUCCCCACACGAGGGGGGGGGCAAUACUACAGAUCUAGUAAUUGGCAACUACAUUGCAGAGUAGGCAUAUGUUCAGCCAACUACCAACAACGGAUAUUGCUCUAAAUAGUGCCUCCAGCCUUAAAAGUGCUGUAUAGACUUAAGUAAAAUAAUGGCGGGGGGGGGGGGGGUGGUUCCUGUGGGAACUUAAUUUGCUUGCUGAAUGCAGUAAGAGCCUCGCACAUUCACAUUGAAAACAAAAGCCUGGUUCCGAUCUCUCCAAGGGGUCUGUUUUGCUCAUAAGGUGGACAACGUCGGCUAGUAAGUGAGGGAGAGUCUCUGCCCUCUAUCACAUGCUUCAUAAUCUCAUUAAGUUGUUAGGCUUUACAGCUGUGCGUGUGUGUGUGCGUGCGUGUGUGUGUGUGCGUGCGUGUGUGUGUGUGCGUGCGUGUGUGUGUGUGCGUGCGUGUGUGUGUGUGUGUGUGUGCGUGCGUGUGUGUGUGUGCGUGCGUGUGUGUGUGCGUGCGUGUGUGUGCACUGCUAUGAAAACAAUGAAAGGAAUCACAUGACUGCCACUUUUACUACUGAACAGAGAGGAACUAUGACAGACCAGUCCGUGAUGUAUACUCUUGUCCUACACACUAGGUUACACAGUGUCGUACAGUUCCAUCAGUACAGAUCAUUGAUUUUAAAUAAAUGCAGUAGCCAUAGCCUACUUCCUGGAAGUUUAAACUGCAGGGGUAAGCCUGAUAUAGAUUCCUUGGAUUGGGGGGAGAUGGUCACAGGCAUCCCAACAAGGAAAUGCAGAAAUCAGAAAUAAAUAUUCUCUGCUUAUUCAGCUGCUUGUGUUAAUGUGCAUGUUAGGUGCACUAAUUUUCACCAGCCCUAAAAAGUACUAGUGUACUAUAUAGGGGAUAGGGUGCCAUUUGGGAGACGCAGCAGAUGUUUUUGUUGGAGAGGAAGCAGCUUCACACCAGAGAGUGUCUGGAGGGUUUAGGUUCAUUCUGGGUCGUAUUCACCAUGGCCCAUGUCGUAUUCACUAUGGCCCAUGUCGUGUUCACAAUGGCCCAUGUCGUAUUCACUAUGGCCCAUGUCGUGUUCACAAUGGCCCAUGUCGUAUUCAUUAUGGCCCGGGUAGUAUUCAUCAGGAACCAAAAGGACUGAAACGGGGAGGGACUACUAACCUGAACUUAAGAAACGCUCAUUCUCAUUUCAAAACGUUUUGCUACGCUUUGCUAUGGUGUGCACUACUGAAUACGACCCUGGGCUGAGUCCUGUACCUGACGAGGUCUAGCUAUGGGUGCGUCUCAAAUUGCACCCUAUUCUCUUUAAUAUAGGGUAGUGAACUACUUUUUGACCAGACCACACCCCACAAUGGCCCAGAUCCUUCCAUGGAAAGGUGAAUUGGUUCCAUUUAGCCUACUUCUCUAGAAAAUGUAUACUGAACAAAAAUAUAAACGUUUGUCCCAUGUUUCAUGAGCUGAAAUAAAAGAUCCCAGAAAUUAUCUAUAUGCACAAAAAGCACAUUUGUUUACAUCCCUGUUAGUGAGUAUUUAUCCUUUGACAAGAUAAUCAAUCCACCUGACAGGUGUGGCAUAUCAAGAAACUGAUUAAACAACAUGAUCAUUACACAGGUGCACCUUGUGCUGGGUACAAUAAAAGGCCACUCUAAAAUGUGCAGUUUUGUCACACAACACAAUGCCACAGAUGUCUAAAGUUCUGAGGGAGCGUGCAAUUGGCAUGCUGAAUUGCAGGAAUGUCCACCAGAGCUGGUCCCCGCGAACGUAGUUUUAGAUAAUUUGGCAGUACGUCCAACCGGCCACAUGUAACCACGCCAGCCCAGGACCUCCACAUCCAGCAUCUUCACCUGCUGGAUCGUCUUAGACCAGCCACCUGGACAGCUGAUGAAACUGAGGAGUAUUUAUGUCUGUAAUAAAGUCCUUACUGUAACUUGGAAAGUAUACCCACUACAUGUAUGAAGUGUCCAUCCUAUGCGUUGUGCAUGUAGUAUGAAAAAUCUUUUUGUUAAGAGAGAGAUGUGAUUUGAGAAGAUCUUAGAGAUAAUAGUUUUUCUUAACUUUGCACAGUUAGUAGUCACCGCCCGAAGUGAGGUCAGAGAGCGUGUCAGCCUGCCGGAACCGCCCCUUUGCGAGCAGAGUGUAUAAAUGAUGGGUAAAGAAAUUAACAUACCAAACCAGAAAAUCUCAAAACUUUGAAUCUCAACACGAGGUGAAGAAAAUAAACUCACCUCCCGGACAAUCACUGGUACGGCUGAUUAGCUAUCCUAAGUAAGGUACCAUUUUGGACAAUAAGAGACUUACAAGUGUUCCGUGAAAAGGCCCAUCCCCCUUCCAAGGCGGUCUGGUUCAUCGAGAGAUUCCCGGGGAACCAAGGCAUUUCACGUAAAUACAUUCACGAUUUCUUACUCAAAGCGGGGGGCAGUUCGUGUGCAAAGUAUAUCGGUACUGUAAGUGAGCGUAGUUUCUGAAUGUAUCAAGUGUCUCUGUCCCUCUCUCUCUCUCUCUCUCUCUCCCUCCCUCUCCAUCUCUUCUUUUUAACAAGCAGCCAUGUUGUUGUCAUUCUGCUAGGGACCUGUUUUCUCCCGUCAAUAACCAAUGUUUAUCCUGUGUUCCCAUUUAAUUAGCUAGUAAAUAAAUAAUUAAACCAAUUUGUGUAGUACUGAAUCAUAAGUAAGGCUCAGGUUUUUGCAGAUGUAAGGUUACGACUGUUCAGAAUGAUGAUAUGAUACGAAGUUAUGAUUAAUAAGUUGACUGUUUAUAGAUGUGAUCGGUAAAGACCUUUUAGAGUUUAAUUCAGGAGGUGGUAACUCUUUAAAGAACCGCUCUCGUGGUGCCCCAGAUACUAAUGAGUUAAAUUGUUACAUGAUUAAUUUAAUCGGGUAAAAAUUAAACAUAGUUAGUUAAUUAGAGAUAAGUCUCUUCAGAUGAAUGUUAAAGUCAAAGUCACAUCACGACGGGCCUCCCAAGUGGUGCAGUGGUCUAAGGCUGUGCCACUAGAGAUCCUGGUUAGAGUCCAGGCUCUGUCGCAGCCGGUCGCGACCGGGAGACCCAUAGGGCGGCGCACAAUUGGCCGGGGAGGGUUUGACCGGCAGGGAUGUUCUUGUCCUAUCGCGCACUAGCGACUCCUGUGGCGGGACAGGCGCAGUGCACGCUGACACGGUCACCAGGUGUACGGUGUUUCCUCCGACACAUUAGUGCGGCUGGCUUCCGGGUUAAGCGGGCAUUGUGUCAAGAAGCAGUGCGGCUCGGUUGGGUUGUGUUUCGGAGGACGCACGGCUCUCGACCUUUGCCUCUCCCGAGUCCGUACGGGAGUUGCAGCGAUGGGACAAGACUGUAACUACCAAUUGGAUACCACAAAAUUGGGGAGAAAAAGGGGUAAAAAAUUAUAAUAAUCACGUCACGACAAUGUUCUAUUAAUGAAUUAAAGAUGAACUGGGCUGGUCCCCGUCGAUGUGUCCCUUUUAUGAGUAAAACAUUAUGUAGCAAUGGCCUCCUUUCUUUACAUGCUCAUAUUCUUCAGGACCAGCAAUGUUUCCUAUACGUGGUCUGAUUGACUAGCAUCCUGUCCAGGGGGUGUACUUGUAGCCUACAUCAAGCAGCCUCACGCUACAGAAACAGGAGAUUGGCUCGGACAAGGCUUACUCUAGUCCGUCUAAAGUGUUGUUGUAGUAGUAAGUUGCCUAAUAUCGUAGUGAGAUUGUUCCAUUCUACUGGCACAUGAUGUUAUGAAUCCUCUGUGGUUGUGUAACUGGUAGUCCCCAGGCCCGGCUGGCUUUAUUUACUAUCAGCAAGACAAUCAUCAGGACAGCACAGUCAUCUAUCUACACCAGCUUGUAAUGCCAGGGUAGUGGGUUUGAUUCCUGGGCCAUCCGUACGUAAAAUGUAUGCACACAUGACUGUAAGUCGCUUUGGAUAAAAGCGUCUGCUAAAUGGAAUAUAUUAUUAUAUAUUAUCUGGGUAUGGGGAAACUGGAAUAUCAGGAUCCCAAAAACAAUUUGUUGAAUGCUGAGUCAGUGACAAGGGAGGAUAUUUUUAUUUAUUUACAAUAGCUUUGUUGUAUGAUAACUGAAGGAUAUCAGCAUUUGCUGCGAACGUCUUAAAGUGGCAAUCAGCAGUAGAAACGAUAACAAAGCAAUUCCCCCUGCCCCUGUUUGGUAAAAACUGAGGGAUGGGGCUGGAGAAAUGUAACCACUCUCAGAUUCAUAAACCGAGUUGUGCAUGAAUGGACUGACCUUCCAUGAUAUCAAAAUAAUAGUCUUAACCAUGUUUUCAGGCUAUAUAUUGGUUGUUUACAUUUACUUUGUUUACAAACAUUGGAGUAAAACAAGAUUAUUAUUGGUUCUGAUGGGGUACAACAGUUGAACUAAGCUCAUAAGGCAUUUAAAAGUUAUAUUCUUCAAGAAUCAAUGGGUACAUAUCAUUCAUAUAUAAGUCAAAAAAUUGAUGUAGCAACUUCCGAUUUCCCCUUUUAAAUUACACCUUUGCCUACCUAUUGUUAGUGCAUUUAUGGCAGAACCUGAAUGCAGCACAUUGACUGUAUAGGUCAAUUUCCAUGGUACUAUAGUGUAUAUAUACAGUGCAACCUAGAAUAAUAUGUGAGAUUAUUGAACAGGGUAGGACUGUAUGGGUUUUGAAUGAAUUAAUGUCUGGGUCGUCUGAGACAGCAUUGAUGUGGAAUAAAUGUCCUCAGUGAGCAUUAAACAUCCUGCUGGCUGUUGGAGGAGUCUAACAUGCAUGACUCUACCCACAUGUACAUAUCACCUCAAUUACCUCGACUAACCGGUGCCCUCGCAAAUUGACUCUGGACCGGUACCCCCCUGUAUAUAGCCUCGCUACUGUUAUUUAUUUUACUGCUGCUCUUUAAUUAUUUGCUAUUUUUAUUUUUGACUUAUCUAUUUUUGACUUUUCUUAAAACUGCAUUGUUGGUUAAGGGCUUGUAAGUAAGCAUUUCACUGUAAUGUCUACACCUGUUGUAUUUGGCGCGUGUGGCAAAUAACAUUUGAUUUGAUUUGACUAGAUGUGUGUCAGACAGGGACCCUCGACUUGUCCUGACCGCACCGUACCGCACUGCAGCAAACUGAGUCAGUAGUAACUGUGUGUGUGUGUGUGUGCGUGUCUGUGUGUGUGUGUGUGUAUACGGGUACAUGUGCAUAUGUGUGAAGAGGGAGCAAGGGUUAGAAAAAAAGGUGUGGGGGGAAAAAAGGAAUACUCCUCUUGUAGCCCCUAGCUAUUAGAUAGCCCUGCUCAGGAGUAGAGGAGUGGGCUCUGCUCUGCCUCUGUGCUGCAUUGCAGCUCUUUGCUGCAGGGUCCCACAACAGCAUUUUUAACUGCAAACUUGCAAACAAGCCCCACUGUAUUCUCAAAUGAUGCGGUAAGACUUGAGGCGCUGGAUACUGAGGAGAAUACAAAAAUACAGCUCAAAUGAAAGCACUGACUACAGAGAAUAGCCUAAAUCCUGAGGCAGUAAAUAUUUGGCUCCCAAAAAAAUUGUUUUUAGCACUUUGUUUAUCUACAGUAGACUACUGUAUCUGUCUCUUAUGUAGUCUCUCUUAUUGUGCACUUAGAAAAGAAAAGCUGUACACUGUCAUGGCUCCGAUUCAAUACUUUUUAUAGGUACCAACAUUGGUACAGCUACAGUAUGCUACCUUCAUCAGGGUUGCAUUGUUCCACAGUAGAUUUAAAGAGAUUGAACUGGAUCUUAAGCACUUACAAAUGUGUUACAUGUCAUACAAAUUGCAGGUGAACGCUUUAUUUAUUGUUUUGCAGGACGUAACAUAUCAUACAAAAUGGAUGACGUUGUGCACAAUUAUCGGGAACCUGUUUUGGCUCAUGAGCGCUGCUUUCCAAACUACUGGCGGAAAUUAUACAAAACCUUUAACGCAUCUUUAAGCGGCAUUGCUGGAGCUACGGACAGAGAACCCCUAGUUUUGUUCCCAUUGUUGUUAGCCAGUUACUCUGCUAGUACUGAGCAUACAGGACAGGAGACUUGGCAGAUUAACGAUGAGGUCGUCCAGUCUGUCUCAGCGUGAACAGAGGACAAGAAAUAAGGCAGGAUCAGCAUGGAUGGAGGGAGGGAGAGAGGAGGGGAGCGGGGUAGGGUCUUUGGAGUGGAGUGGACUGGCAGAUCGGAGGGUGGUCUCUCUAUCUCUCUCUGGGGUUGGAAGGAAACUGAUAUCCCCUCCCUGCUGACACCACAGACCCUGUGGGGCUUUGUCAUUUCAUUCCAGAGGCUUGACCACCUGUCAGUCUGCUGAACCAACCCACCAGAUGGCUGAUGGGUGGCUGAUGAGGAUGGCCGUGACCGUGUGGCAACACUAUUACUCAGCCUAUCAUGAAUUAGCCAUAGGUAUAGGCUCUUCUUUUAACUGGUCUCCCCCUCCACUACUGCAUACUCAGCCAUGAAAUAGCCAUAGGUUAGUCUAGGUAGGGAGGCUGUUGUUGUAACUAGUCGUCGUCACCCCCCCCCCCCCCCCCCCCCCCCCCCCCCCCCCACUGCAUGCAGUAUAUUAUUCAUUCAACCUCCCUUUGUAUGUUUUUCAAAUUAUCUCAAAUAUACCGGUAGGACCAAGGUAGACAGGACAUUCUCAAGUCAUAGGACUGAUCCUUUCUGAUCAGUAAAUAUUGGAUUUAUAUUGCUCUGAAGUCAGUUAGAAUACUUGCAUGAAAUUAGGUGCUUGCUGCCAUGUUGGACAACAGUGUUUUUAUUGUUGUGGAAGUAUAUAAGCUUUCUAUAGUAUGUUUAUAACUGUAUGGGCCCCGUGUAGCUCAGUUGGUAGAGCAUGGUGCUUGCAACGCCAGGGUUGUGGGUUCGAUUCCCACGGGGGGCCAGUAUGAAAAAAACAAAAACAAAUGUAUGCACUCACUAACUGUAAGUCGCUCUGGAUAAGAGUGUCUGCUAAAUGACUAAAAUGUAAAUGUUUAACAUUGUGAUUCUAACUCGCGAUUACCAUUCACCCGCAUUUCUUUGGUUGGCUGAAGUUUAUUCUUUGCAUAACAUUUUCCAUGUAAAUUCUGCUUAACGCUUGUAGCCCCAUCUCCUCUCCAGCCUGUCUUAUCUGUUAAAAUACUGUACACUACAUGACCGAAAGUAUGUGGACACCUGCUCGUCAUUCCAAAAUCCUGGGCAUUAAUAUGGAGUUGGUCCCCCCUUUGCUGCUAUAACAGCCUCCACUCUUAUGGUAAGGCUUUCCACUAGAUGUUGUAACAUUGUUGCGGGGACUUGCUUCCAUUCAGUCACAAGAGCAUUAGUGAGGUCGGGCACUGAUGUUGGGCAAUUAGUCCUGGCUCACAGUCGGCGCUCCAAAGGUGUUCGAUGGGGUUGAGGUCAGGGCUCUGUGCAGGCCAGUCAAGUUCUUCCACACCGAUCUCGACAAACCCAUUUCUGUAUGGACCUUGUUUUGUGCACGGCGGCAUUGUCUUGCUGAAACAGGAAAGGGCCAUCCCCAAACUGUUGCCACAAAGUUGGAAGCACAGAAUUGUCUAGAGUGUAAUUCUAUGCUGUAGCAUUAAGAUUUCCCUUCACUGGAACUAAGGGGCCUAGCCCGACCCAUGAAAAACAGCCCCCAGACUAUUAUUCCUCCUCCACUGACCUUUACAGUUGGCACUAUGCAUUCAGGCAGGUAGCGUUCUCCUGGCAUCUGCCAAACCCAGAUUUGUCCGUCGGACUAUGGUGAAGCGUGAUUCAUCACUCCAGAGAACGCGUUUCCACUGCUCCAGAGUCCAAUGGCGGCGAGCUUUACACCACUCCAGCUGACUUGUUGGAAAGGUGGCAUCCUAUGACGGUGCCACAUUGAAAGUCACUGAGCUCUUCACUAAGGCCAUUAUACUGCCAAUGUUUGUCUAUGGAGAUUGCAUGGCAGUGUGCUCGAUUUUAAUACACCUGUCAGCAAAGGGUGUGGCUGAAAUUAAACUGUGUCUAGUGUUCGUACCAAACCAAAUUCCAUUCGUCCCAAAUGGCACCCUAUUAUCAAUCUAGUGCACUAGGGCUCUGGUCAAAACUAGUGCACUAUGUAGGGCCCUCAAACUCAAUUCUGAACCUCGAAGCCAGUUCCACUACGGUUUUUUUCAUUGUUCCCCUCUAAUCAGGGACUGAUUUUAGACCUGUGACACCAAGUGGGUGUAAUUAAUUAUCAGGUAGAAAAGACAACCAGCAGGCUCCGAACCUCGUAGGGUAAGAGUUGGAUACCCCUGGUGUAGGGAAUAGGGUGCCAUUUUGGAAGCAUCCAAUGUAUGCAGGGUAGAGCUUGUCUGUUUGUUUAGUUUUAUGGUAUAGGUGGGAAAGGCAUGUUUUGACGAAGCAUAAGAGCUUUCCUAUUGCUUAGCCUAAGGUAGUAGCGAUGUUACUGAUGAUCUAGGCUACUUUGUAGAUCUUCUUCAAGAGACACUGUUAGUUUCCUGAUUCAUGUCUUUGCUAAUAAAUAGCCAACGGUGUUUAUUUGACUGUGCUUGCUGACACAGGAUGACCAGCAGUGUCUGGAAUAGAAAAAACAGGAUAGCAGUCUGCAGUGUGUGCUAGCCUAAUACUGCAGCCUGUGUUGUGGGAAAGAGAACUUGUAGGAUUAUUUUGCCUGAGAGAGGAAGCUCACGUUCAUCACUCAGCCCUCCUCCUCAGGUCUUUGAUCUGAGCCCUCUGUCAAUCCCUUGAUUCUAUGUACACUCCAAUCCGAUAAUGCUAUUAUUGGCCUAGGCUAUGUUCUAACCACUCAAUAUUCCACACUCUUUCGCUUCCCCUGUAAAACCCAGUGGAACUGUAGAAGGGAGGGAGGGAGUUUAUGGUGUGUUUGUGGUGAGAUGAGUAAUGGUAUAUUGAUCCAUGAGCUCAUUCCCCUCCCACCCCUGUGGCUCUGGCUGAAGUAAUGCCACAGAGUAGACAGCCAUGAGCCAUUCCUCUACUGCUGACAUAGGCUCAUAAAGCACAAACCGAUGACCGCCAAGGCAUGGAAGGCAGUGACGUAGUGCACUCACUCAACAACGUGCAGCUUGUUUCCUACCUAUUGAAUGAGAUGACAGCACAGCAGACAGGAGCUGUUCUGGGGUGUGGUCUCUCUCCCUCCUUGGGGCCCAGCUGGCCUGCCUGUCCUGUCUUUCCACAGUCCUCUCUGGCUGCUCUCUGAAAUGUGACACCAGCCAGGAGGCAGCAUAAAACAUGCUCCAGAGGCCUAAGUAGUCAACCACUGAUUGACAGAGGCUGUCUCAAAUGGCACCCUAUUCUCAAUAUAGUGCACUACUUUUGACCCUUAUGGUGAAUAGGGGGUGCCAUUUGGGAAGCAGUCUGUCUCUCUCUCUCUCUCUCUCUCUCUCUCUGUCUCUCUCUCUCUCUCCCUCUCUCUCUCUCUCUCUCUCUCUCAAUUCAAUUCAAUUCAAUUUAAGGGCUUUAUUGGCAUGGGAAACGUGUGUUAACAUUGCCAAAGCAAGUGAAGUAGAUAGUAAACAAAAGUGAAAAACAGUCAAUAUUAACAGUAAACAUUACACUCAGAAGUUUCAAAAGAAUAAAGACAUUUCAAAUGUCAUAUUAUGUAUAUAUACAGUGUUGUAACAAUGUGCAAAUAGUUAAAGUACAAAUGGGAAAAUAAAUAAACAUAAAUAUGGGUUGUAUUUACAAUGGUGUUUGUUCUUCACUGGUUGCCCUUUUCUUGUGGCAACAGGUCACAAAUCUUGCAGCUGUGAUGGCACACUGUGGUUUUUCACCCAGUAGAUAAGGGAGUUUAUCAAAAUUGGGUUUGUUUUCGAAUUCUUUGUGGAUCGCUGUAAUCUGAGGGAAAUAUGUGUCUCUAAUAUGGUCAUACAUUUGGCAGGAGGUUAGGAAGUGCAGCUCAGUUUCCACCUCAUUUUGUGGGCAGUGUGCACAUAGCCUGUCUUCUCUUGAGAGCCAGGUCUGCCUACGGCGGCCUUUCUCAAUAGCAAGGCUAUGCUCACUGAGUCUGUACAUAGUCAAAGCUUUCCUUAAGUUUGGGUCAGUCACAGUGGUCAGGUAUUCUGCCACUGUGUACUCUCUGUUUAGGGCCAAAUAGCAUUCUUUGUUUGUUCUUUCCAAUGUGUCAAGUAAUUCUCUUUUAGUUUUCUCAUGAUUUGGUUGGGUCUAGUUGUGUUGUUGUUGUUGUUGUUGUUGUUGUUGUCCUGGGGCUGUGUGGGGUCUGUUUGUGUUUGUGAACAGAGCCCCAGGACAAGCUUACUUAGGGGACUCUUCUCCAAGUUCAUCUCUCUGUAGGUGAUGGCUUUGUUAUGGAAGGUUUGGGAAUCGCUUCAUUUUAAGUGGUUAUAGAAUUUAACGGCUCUUUUCUGGAUUUUGAUAAUUAGCGGGUAUUGGCCUAAUUCUGCUCUGCAUGCAUGUAUUUGGUGUUUUACGUUGUACACGGAGGAUGUUUUUGCAGAAUUCUGCAUGCAGAGUCUCAAUUUGGUGUUUGUCCCAUUUUGUAAAUUCUUGGUUGGUGAGCGGACCCCAGACCUCAGAACCAUAAAGGGCAAUGGGUUCUAUAACUGAUUCAAGUAUUUUUAGCCAAAUCCUAAUUGGUAUGUCAAAUUUUAUGUUCCUUUUGAUGGCAUAGAUGGCCCUUCUUGCCUUGUCUCUCAGAUCGUUCACAGCUUUGUGGAAGUUACCUGUGGCGCUGAUGUUUAGGCCGAGGUAUGUAUCGUUUUUUGUGUGCUCUAGGGCAACGGUGUCUAGAUGGAAUUUGUAUUUGUGGUCCUGGCAACUGGACCUUUUUUGGAACACCAUUAUUUUUGUCUUACUGAGAUUUACUGUCAGGGCCCAGGUCUGACAGAAUCUGUGCAGAAGAUCUAGGUGCUGCUGUAGGCCCUCCUUGGUUGGUGACAGAAGCACCAGAUCAUCAGCAAACAGAAGACAUUUGACUUCAGAUUCUAGUAGGGUGAGGCCGGGUGCUGCAGACUGUUCUAGUGCCCUCGCCAAUUCGUUGAUAUAUAUGUUGAAGAGGGUGGGGCUUAAACUGCAUCCCUGUCUCUCUCCCUCUCUCUCUCUCUGUCUGUCUCUCUCUCUCUGUCUCUCUCUCUGUCUCUCUGUCUCUCUCUCUGUCUCUGUCUCUGUCUCUCUCCCUCUGUCUCUCUCCCUCUCUCUCUGGUUCUGUCUCUGUCUCUCUGUUCUCUUCUCUCUAUACUAUCUCUUCUAUCUCUCUCUCGCUCCUCUUAUCUCUGUCCUCUCUCUUCUCUCUCUCUCUAUCUAUCUCUCUCUCUCGUCUCUCUCUCUGUAUCUCCUCUGUCUCUCUCUCUCUCUCUCUCUCUCUCUCUCUCUCUCUCUCUAUCUCUCUCUCUCUCUCUCUGUCUCCUCUCUCUGUCUCCCCACUCUCUCUCUCUCUCUCUCUCUCUCUCUCCUCUCUCUAUCUCUCUCUCUUCUCUCUCUCUCUCUCUCUCUCUGUCUCUCUCUCUGUCUCUCUGUCUCUCUCUCUGUCUCUGUCUCUCUCCCUCUGUCUCUCUGUCUCUCUCUCUGUCUCUCUCUGUCUGUUGUGUUUACAGUUACUGUAACUGUCCCAUUUGUAUCUACAACCUACAUACGUGGCAUUUCAGGCUGUAAGCAGAAGCCUCUCAAGCUCUUCACACAGCCAUGGACCAGGGGAGGGAAGCCCUGUGUGUAUCUGGCACCUACUACCAUACCCCGUUCAAAGGCACUUCAAUCUUUUGUCUUGCCCAUUCACCCUCUGAAUGGCACACAUACACAAUCCAGGGUUGAGCAGUGCCAGGGUAGACUAAGUCUGCCACAGAUGUUGUCUGACAUGGGCUGUCACCUCCCUCCCUCCUUCCCUCCCUCUCAGUAGGAGACAGUUUGAUUCUCUGGAGACUCAUUAAGAGUGAAUUGGUGUUAGGUAACUAUUGGCAUCAUGUCACUAGGACUGUGCAUCAGCACAGUGCAGCAGGUUUGGACACUGUAGUCCUGUUAACCCUGCUGUAUGACAACAUCUUUCCCUCUCUCCUUUUAUGGCAUAUCAUUCUUUCCCCCACAGUUACAGUGGAAGUCCUCUGGAAGAAAAACAUGAAGCAUUUACAAUGUUCUUACUUGCUUGCAGACCCCCAAAGACAGUAUUUGUCAGCUGCUCUGUGGUGGUGAAGCUACUAGCUCAGGAGACAGCAGUACGUUAUGGCUACUGUAGAGUUUCCCAAGGUGCACCACCUUUUGUUCUAGAACUUUCUCCCUCUGUGCAGACAAUCUCAGUGACGCCAUAGUGCCUGGCUGUCCCUUUGAUUGUAUCCCCAGUACACCUGGAACACUUCUAUUCAAAGGCUUUUCCAGCAGCUCUGAUGAUCACUGACACAUUGUCAGUGACUGACUACACAACCAGUAUCCCCUCUCAUCUUCCCUGCCAUGUGAUAUGAUAAAAGGCACUGGUUCUCUUUUAGUCUCUUUUUAGGAGUGUUUUCCCACUGGGAGAUGAAACAAGAAAUGGAAGCAGCUUAAAAAAGCAACAUGGUUUUUGCUUGGUCAUGCUACUCAGUGCUCCCGCAUUCACUCAAACACUCACACACAGUGACUUUGCAACCAUGCUGUCCUCUACUCUGAUAUUCAAACUAAAAUACAGCAAGAGAGGGAUAUUAAGUAUUUAUGUAACUUUAUUUUAGUGUGGAAAUUAAGUAUUUAUGUAACUUUAUUUUAGUGCGGCUCGGGAGUUAUUCUUGGCUAGAUGCUUGGCAACAGGGAAUUUCAUGUAGUCUGUGUUGUUGUGACUCAGUCCACACUCUCCGCAGUAGCUUUAUUGAUGUUCACUACUUACCUAACUUUGUGUUUUAGUUGACUUUUCUUUUUAGCUAGCACUUUGCAGUACAUUUAAACAUUUUGUCAUUUAGCAGACGCUCUUAUCCAGAGUGACUUACAGUAUGAGUGCAUACAUUUCCCCCGUGGGAAUCAAACCCACAACCCUGGCGUUGCAAGCACCAUGCUCUACCAACUGAGCCAAUUGGGAGUAGACUGCUGAGCCUUGAUUAUUGUGGUCAUUCCCCUGAGUGAGCCUAUGUAGUCUAACCACUAUUCUCGUUCCCUCUCUUUGCUACAGAUGUGUGGUGGUACUGCUGAACCCCAAGAAGAACAAACAGCAUCACAUCCUCAACAGCUCCAGGUGGGGCUUCAUACCUUCAUAGUGUGUAACUGCUGCCUCCUGUUCGUCACGCCAGGCACGGCACAGCCAGGAGAGUGGAUGGCUGCAGCCAGCUAGUCACAGUCACUUAGGCUUAAGUUCCUCCUCAUACAUAGCUUACAUACAAAAACAAAACUACAACACUAAAGAUUGUAAUAGCCAUCCCAUGACAAUAGUCUUGUUUUGUUGCAUAGGGAACAUACCCAGCCAUCACCUGUGUCUCAAGACAUUAUGAUGGCUGGAUAUGUUUUAAUAAUAAAAAUAAUUUGGGGGGGUGCGUAUACAGUGGGGAAAAAAAGUAUUUAGUCAGCCACCAAUUGUGCAAGAUCUCCCACUUAAAAAGAUGAGAGAGGCCUGUAAUUUUCAUCAUAGGUACACGUCAACAAUGACAGACAAAUUGAGAGAAAAAAAAUCAAGAAAAUCACAUUGUAGGAUUUUUAAUGAAUUUAUUUGCAAAUUAUGGUGGAAAAUAAGUAUUUGGUCACCUACAAACAAGCAAGAUUUCUGGCUCUCACAGACCUGUAACUUCUUCUUUAAGAGGCUCCUCUGUCCUCAACUCGUUACCUAUAUUAAUGGCACCUGUUUGAACUUGUUAUCAGUAUAAAAGACACCUGUCCACAACCUCAAACAGUCACACUCCAAACUCCACUAUGGCCAAGACCAAAGAGCUGUCAAAGGACACCAGAAACAAAAUUGUAGACCUGCACCAGGCUGGGAAGACUGAAUCUGCAAUAGGUAAGCAGCUUGGUUUGAAGAAAUCAACUGUGGGAGCAAUUAUUAGGAAAUGGAAGACAUACAAGACCACUGAUAAUCUCCCUCGAUCUGGGGCUCCACGCAAGAUCUCACCCCGUGGGGUCAAAAUGAUCACAAGAACGGUGAGCAAAAAUCCCAGAACCACAUGGGGGGACCUAGUGAAUGACCUGCAGAGAGCUGGGACCAAAGUAACAAAGCCUACCAUCAGUAACACACUACGCCGCCAGGGACUCAAAUCCUGCAGUGCCAGACGUGUCCCCCUGCUUAAGCCAGUACAUGUCCAAGCCCGUCUGAAGUUUGCUAGAGUGCAUUUGGAUGAUCCAGAAGAGGAUUGGGAGAAUGUCAUAUGGUCAGAUGAAACCAAAAUAUAACUUUUUGGUAAAAACUCAACUCGUCGUGUUUGGAGGACAAAGAAUGCUGAGUUGCAUCCAAAGAACACCAUACCUACUGUGAAGCAUGGGGGUGGAAACAUCAUGCUUUGGGGCUGUUUUUCUGCAAAGGGACCAGGACGACUGAUCCGUGUAAAGGAAAGAAUGAAUGGGGCCAUGUAUCGUGAGAUUUUGAGUGAAAACCUCCUUCCAUCAGCAAGGGCAUUGAAGAUGAAACGUGGCUGGGUCUUUCAGCAUGACAAUGAUCCCAAACACGCCGCCCGGGCAACGAAGGAGUGGCUUCGUAAGAAGCAUUUCAAGGUCCUGGAGUGGCCAUCCAGUCUCCAGAUCUCAACCCCAUAGAAAAUCUUUGGAGGGAGUUGAAAGUCCGUGUUGCCCAGCGACAGCCCCAAAACAUCACUGCUCUAGAGGAGAUCUGCAUGGAGGAAUGGGCCAAAAUACCAGCAACAGUGUGUGAAAACCUUGUGAAGACUUACAGAAAAUGUUUGACCUGUGUCAUUGCCAACAAAGGGUAUAUAACAAAGUAUUGAGAAACUUUUGUUAUUGACCAAAUACUUAUUUUCCACCAUAAUUUGCAAAUUAAUUCAUUAAAAAUCCUACAAUGUGAUUUUCUGGAUUUUUUUUCUCAUUUUGUCUGUCAUAGUUGACGUGUACCUAUGAUGAAAAUUACAGGCCUCUCUCAUCUUUUUAAGUGGGAGAACUUGCACAAUUGGUGGCUGACUAAAUACUUUUUUUCCCCACUGUAUUUGUCCUGUUACACCCAAGUGUGUACUGGAAUGUGUUUCUUGCAUAUCCCAACUCCCCCUGAGACACCCGCAGGGAGUGGGGUCACGACCAGGUUCAUCAUUUUCUGGUGCCAUUGUCCAAUUCGGGUUAAGUGCCUUGCUCAAGGGCACAGUGACAGAUUUUUCACCUUGUCGGCUCCGGGAUUCAAACAACUGACCUUUCGAUUACUGGCCCAAUGCUCUAAUCUCGAGGCUACCUGCCACCCAUAUAUAUGUGUAUACACUGAGUAUACCAAACAUUAGGAACACCUUCCUAAUAUUGAGUUCCACAGGGAGGCUGGCCCAUGUUGACUCCAAUGCUUCCCACAAUGGUGUCAAGUUGGCUGGAUGUCCUUUGGGUGGUGGACCAUUCUUAACACACACAGGAAACUGUUAAGUGUGAAAAACCCAGCAGCGUUGCAGUUCUUGAUACAAACCGGUGCGCCUGGCACCUACUACCAUACCCCGUUCAAAGGCACUUCAAUCUUUUGUCUUGCCCAUUCACCCUCUGAAUGGCACACAUACGCAAUCUUUGUCUCAAUUGUCUCAAGGCUUAAAAAUCCUUCUUUAACCUGUCUCCUCUCCUUGAUCUACACUGAUUGAAGUAGAUUUAACAAGUGACGUCAAUAAGGGAUCAUAGCUUUCACCUGGAUUCACCUGGUCAGUCUAUGUCAUGGAAAGAGCAGGUGUUCCUAAUGUUUUACAUACUCAGUGUAUGUGUAUAUAUAUAUAUGUGGCUUGGGGUUAUAAUGGAGUAGGAUGACCUAAGCCUGUAGGCCCUGUAAAUACAGGCCAUCUGGAUGAGAGGGAGGGAGCUAGUCUAUAGUGACUUGUCAAACACAGCAUGGCUUAUGUAACGACUAGCACUGGACAGACAGUCAGCCACGACCAAAGCAGCACCACGGCUUCAAAGCCACUGCCAAUCCCUUUAAUGUGUGGAAAAAGCAGAGGUAGGUAGAUGUUGUCACGUCAUUAGGGCUGAAAAAAAGGUCCUCUAAAUCAAUGUGACUGUGACAAGCUGGCUCCAUCCAUUCUUCUUUCUAACUGUCAUAUACCCAGAUGAGUUUGUUCUCUUAUGCUCUCCUGGUUUGAGGCUAAUAUUGGAAUUUAAUACCCUCUGCCCUACUCCUACAUCACUCUACAGACUAAUUAUUACUAUACCAUGAUGAGAUCACAGUAUAGUAAUGCUUAGUACAACAUUUGAUAAGAGAAAAGCUGCUUGGCUACGCAUCAAACAUUUAUAUGACACUUCGAUAGGGGGAAAAAUGUAGCGUCCCAAAUGGCACCCUGUUCCCCAUACAAGCCCUAGUGCCUAUAUAUAUUUUUUCCUCCAAUAAAGUAUUGCACUACAUAGGGAAUAGGGUGCCAGACAAUAUCUCUGUGUACCAGUACUGGACCGUGAUAACUGCUUCAACAGUUUUUUAAAACAACCAAUUGACUCCCAGUCACAGGCCAUUGAGCCGACCAUUCAGUGCAGAUACUAUAUCUUUAAACUCAUCUCUUUACCACCACAUGGUGUAUCAUUUUACUAUUAUCAGACUCUACUGUUGGUACAGCAGCAUUUGUUUAGGACUCCUUUCCUGUUAGAAGUGUAAGAGCCUGCCUCUAAUCUCUACUUUAGUGUGUGAUGAUAAUCAUCAGAUUGAUGUAUUGAUUGUGGUGAGCGUGCCAUUGUCAUAGAGUACAGCCCAAGCGGAAAAACCCCUCGAGACCAGGAUGCAUUCACUUCUUUUCGAAAGUAAUGAAAUGUUUCCUCUCCUCUCUGUCAUCUAUUCUCUUCACAGGAAAACCAUCACCACUCUGUCAUUUUCCCCUGAUGGCAAAUAUGUUGUCACAGGAGAGGUGAGUGUCAUUCCAUUGUUAGGGCCCUAUAAAAUCUGAGAUGCGGAAGAAACGUGACAUUAAAACGGAAUUCAACUAUAUUAAAAAAUGUGUUGAACUUUAGUAGGGAAUCAACUAAAUGUAUUGAAAGUUAAUUAAUUUGUCCAAUUUGAUCAUAAGACGUUAACAGAAUCCAUCAGUGAUUCGUAUUUCCUGGAACUUUCUGAAGAAGCAACGAGAAUUCCCCGUCUAUGUAUGUGCCGUGCGUGCGUCUACCACUUUGUGUUGCCGUUAGCGAUGAUGCUAAUGAAAAGUCUGGUAGAUGGAAAGGCUUUCACAAAAACCUUCUCAAUUACAUGUUAACUACAAAAUAGCCUAUACUUACCUACCAGAAUGAUAUCAUUAUUUGCAUCAAUCCAGUGGGUAUUUGUUUAGCAAACUCUACUAUCACAUGUGCGCUACAAAAACAUAGCUAAAGAAAAGCCUCUUGCUAGCACUGGAAUUAAAGGGUAACUACACCCCAAAAUCUAAAUUUCCCAAAACAUUCCCAGACCUCAAUACUGGUCUCCUGAUGUGGUUUAAACAUUGUUGUGGACUUAGAACAUCCAAUUUAGUUGUUUUUCUAUUUAGAAAGUGUGAUUUUGUGAGUGAAAACCUGAAAAAACUGGGGAAACGGACACCUGGGAAAACAAUUAGGAGAAAACAGAAUUUGGGAAAAAACAACAGAAUCAGGCAAAAUAUGAAAUAGAUUGUAUAGGGCCCUACAUUGUGUCUUUGCAUGCCAUGAUGAAAUGAUGAUACUGCAACUGCAGCUUCCUAAAAAAGUGCUGACUGUUUCCUGCUCCACUGCCAGGGCAUGGCAGAGCUAUCGUUGCAGUGUCCAACCCCACAGUUCAUAAAUGGAACACUGUCUGUGCCACAUCUACAAAGGACUGUGUCCAUAGCUGUGAAUGUACCAUGAAAAAACACACAGUGCUUGUGCUCUAGUCCGUGUUUGUGUACUGCACCAUUGACUCUGUCAGUGCACGCAUGUGUGCGUGUGUGUUAGACAGUGUUAGUCUAAUCCAUAUUAGCCAGAACAGUGUGUGCGAAAGUGAAUGUGUGUGUGCUGCUGCAGGGUUGCCAUGGCAGCAGGAGGGGGCAGGGUGCCAGACUGACUCUGUCAGCUGUCUGAAGGAGAGUGGGAGGGACGGGAGGGAAGAGACAGAAAGAGAGAUACUUCCAGGGAUGUGCCAGUGGCAGAAGGCACACAGCACGUGCUGGUGCUCAGCUCACCCUGCCUGUCUGUCCUCUGUGGUGUAGCUAACUGACCAUGCUGUUAGUGACCAUGCUGCCUCUGCCCUAUGUAUGCUGUCAAAGGGAGGUCCCUCUGUUCACAGUCGGCUUCUGUUCUUUCUUUAAAAGAGCUAGACGUCAUCAGCUCUCCUGAUUGUGUUCUGUUCUAAGGAGGUGCAGCAAAAGCUAAUCCCAACCAUGGGUUUACUCUACCUAGCUGCUACUGUAGUUUAUUAUAUUUAUUUACCAUCGAACCUGUAUCUGAAAUUUGUAGAAAUAUGCCUUAUCAUUUCGCUCAUACAGUACCUCUUUCCAUACCCAGUAUAAGAAUUAUGCAUACAAAGCCGCUGCCUGCAGAGGGUAAGAAGGUACUAGGGAUGUAUUAGAAUUAAUUUCCUGGCUUCCCUUGCCUGUCCUCUUUAAAUUCCCUCCACUUGAUCUUCUGUUCCAUCCUUGAGUUGCAUAAGACAAAUCAUUACCGGAUUGGGAAGCAGUUACAGGGUACAUUGAAAAGCUUAGUGGAGACUAGAGUGUUUCCUGUCCAUCUGUAUGAUCCAGGGAUUCUGACUGUGGCUACAUCACCUUGUGGACACAAACCUGUCAGGUGGUUAUUAUAAGAAUUUUGAAUCGACUUGCCGAUAUAAAUAAAUGUGAAAUAAAUUAAGAUUCACAUUUGUGGUUAGGGGGAUGUGUGAGACUUGGUAUGUAGAGUGACAAGAAGCAGAAUAUUUUUGUGCAUUAUUUGCUCUAUUAUUAUGCAUUAUUUUCUCUGUUUCUCUUGCGCUGUCUCUCUUUGUCUCUGUCUCUCUUUGUCUCUCUUUGUCUCUCUUUGUCUCUCUCUCUCUCUCUCUCUCUCUCUCUCUCUCUCUCUCUCUCUCUCUCUCUCUCUCUCUCUCUCUCUCUUUUUCUCUCUCUCUCUCGUCUCUGUCUCUCUCGUCUCUGUCUCUCUCUCUCCAGAGUGGGCACAUGCCUGCUGUGCGGGUGUGGGACGUUACAGAGCGGACCCAGGUUGCAGAGUUACAGGAACAUAAGUACGGCAUCUCCUGUGUGGCCUUCUCUCCCAACAGCAAGUAUAUCGUCAGCGUGGGAUACCAGCACGACAUGAUCAUCAAUGUCUGGGCCUGGAAGGUAGCUAGCAACUCGCUUAUUAGGUCUUCAUUGGGUCUUAGUAGGUCUUCCAUUUUCUCUAUUGGAAUAAAUACAUUUUGGAUGAGUGAAAAAAUACAUUCAUUACUUACUUACUUAGGCCCAUUGCUCAUUUGGGAGCAUAGACCAUCGACGACUCCUCUCCCAAUACAUAAAUAUAUAUAUAUAUAGACCGAUAGAGGUGAAAAUGCUAAGUGCUGUUUUUGAACUAUCCUUCAAUGUUUUAUACUAUCUUUCCUCUUCUUCUCUGAGGACAAAGUAUAUAUCUACUGUUGAUCUACAGUCCUGUUCUCUGCUCAGAAAAACAUAGUGGUGGCAGCCAACAAGGUGUCCAGUAAGGUCACAGCUGUGUCCUUCUCAGACGACAGCAACUACUUUGUCACGGCAGGGAACAGGCACGUCAAGUUCUGGUACCUGGAUCACACCAAAUCCUCCAAGGUAUUCACACACAGUCAGUCACACCAACAACAACAACAUUAUUUAAAGGGGCAAUCUGCAGUUGCUAAAUCCAUUUUUGGAUGUAAAUAAAUGCCUCAUGAGCUUAGUUCACCUGUCGUACCCCAUCAGAACCCAAAAUAUAAGCUGGUUUUACUCCAAUGUUUGUAAACUAAGUAAAUGUAGACAAACACUAUAUAGCCUCAAAACAUGGAUAAAACUAUACUGAACAAAAAUAUGAACUCAACAUGUAAAGUGUUGGUCCCAUUUUUCAUGAGCUGAAAUAAAAGAUCCCAGAAAUGUUCCAUAUGCACAAAAAGUGUAUUUCUUAAAAUGUUGUGCACAAAUUAGUUUACAUCCCUGUUAGUGAACAUUUCUCCUUUGCCAAGAUAAUCCAUCCACCUGACAGGUGUGGCUUAUCAAAAAGCUGAUUAAACAGCAUUAUCAUUACACAGGUGCACCUUGUGCUGGGGACAAUAAAAGGCAACUCUAAAAUGUGCAGUUUUGUCACACAACACAAUGCCACAGAUGUCUCAAGUUUUGAGGGAGCGUGCAAUUGGCAUGCUGACUGCAGGAAUGUCCACCAGAGCAGUUGCCAGAUAAUUGAAUGUUCAUUUCUCGACCAUAAGCUGCCUCCAAUGUCGUUUUGGAGAAUUUGGCAGUACAUCCAACCGGCCUCACAACAGCAGACCAUGUGUAACCACGCCCGCCCAGGACCUCCACAUCAGGCUUCUUCACCUGCGGGAUCUUCUGAGGAGGGGGAGGGGGAGGGGUGGUGCUGAGGAGUAUUUCUGUCUUGAAUAAAGCCCUUUGGUGGGGAAAAACUAAUUCUGAUUGGUUGGGCCUGGCUCCCCAGUGUGUGGACCUGACUCCCAAGUGGGUGGGCCUAUGCCCUCCCAGGGCCACCCAUGGCUGCGCCCCUGCCUAGUCAUGUGAAAUCCAUAGAUUAGGGACUUAUGAAUUUAUUUCAAUUGACUGAUUUCCUUCUAUGAAUUGUAACUCAGUAAAAUGUUUUAAUUGCUGCAUGUUGAGUUUAUAUUUUUGUUCAGUAUAAAUGUUGAUAUCAUGGAUGGUCAAUCCUUGCAUCCAUAGCUCUGUCUAUGAGUUUGAGAGGGUUUACAUUUCUCCAGGCCCAUUCCUCAUCCAUAACUGACAAAUAAUAACUAAUGCUGGUUCUAACUGAGCCUCUCAGGAAUGUAUCUCUAAUACAAUGGUUGCUUCCCAAAUUGCACCCUCUUCCCUAUAUAGUGCAUUAUGUAGGGAAUAGGGUGCCAUUUGGUAUGUAGUCGUUUCCCCCAAGUUGUCCUCUUGAUCUUCAGCUGUUCCAUAUAUUGGUUAAAUUCCAACACUAGCACACCUAAUUCAUCUAUGCAAUUAAUCAGCAAGCCCCUGAUCAUUAGUUCAAUCAGUUGUGUUAUUGUUGGAAUGUAACAAAUAUGUACAACGCCGGGUUGGAGGUCACAAGGACCAGUUGGGGAAAUUCCUCUGUAAUCGCUCAAGCUAUUAGAAUAAAGACAGACGUCACAUAUCAACUUCAAUAGCCAUGCUGAAGCCGAAUAGAAGGUCUUACAUCCCAGAGUUUGGGAUAACAUAACAAACUGAUGGACUAGAUCAAUCAGACCCAAUAGCAAUGUCUCUCUAAUCAUUGCUCCCUCUGUCCGUCUGCUAGGUGAACGCCACGGUUCCUCUGCUGGGUCGCUCGGGGCUCCUGGGGGAGCUGAGGAACAACUUCUUCAGUGACGUGGCAUGUGGGAAGGGUCGUAAAGCCGGCAGCACCUUCUGCAUUACCUCCUCGGGCCUGCUCUGCGAGUUCAAUGACAAACGCCUGCUGGACAAAUGGGUGGAACUAAGGGUGAGUUACUAGACUCGGGGGUCACGUUCAUUAAGGGCACAAUGUAGCAAAACUUUUUGCAACCAAAAACAGAAAUCAGACUUGUUAUAAGACAAAUUAAUAGAAUCAAGAAUUAGCUUCCUUGACUCAAUAAUUUAUAAUCAAAAGUAUUUCGCUGCAGCGUUCAAAAGGCAUAUAAACUAAAAAGGAAAACCUGAAUUUGAUGACAUUUUCCAGUUUAUUGGACAAAUUCAGGCAGUAGGCUACUUCCCGGUUUCACUGGGACUGUAGCUGCCUGGCUGUAUCCACAGGCGUAGAGUAACACUAUGAAUCGUUUUGUCUAAAACUGUCUGAAUGAAUGGAGAUCUAUCACUAAAGUACCGAUUAUGUGUAAAUGUUGGCAGAGAGCGAGUUGGUGACUUAUCACAGCUUUCUACUGCAUAAUCAGCUUAGAAUAUAACCCCUUUUCAAUCUACAUGUGGCACAGUUUCAAACUUUCAACUUUCCCUGGACUUGGCUACUACAGAAUAUCCUAAUUCUAGAUGUAAUCUAGCCACCGACUGUGUCAGAUAAAACACUGAUUUCAGUUCUGCUUAAAAGUCAAUUGUAGACAGACAACUGUCUCGUGUCGGUGGAGUGUUAAUUUGACCAUCCAUGCUGCUGUCUGUCUAAUAUUAGUGUUGUUCUGCUUCUGCUUUUUCCUCCUCUUACACUGUCCAGAAGAACGACAGUGUCACAGUAAGUCUGUCCCUUACCUGUCCUGCAGUUCCAUGUCACAUCAGCUGAAAGUUAUGCCCCACCCCCCCUCCGAUACCCCCGAGCAUUCCAUUGGAGGGUUUCUCAGAAUGCUGCAGUCUAUCAUGCCCACCUGUCCACCCUAUUGGGUGUGUGUGUUUUGACCACGUGAACCUAGUGGUCCACAUUCUCAGAUGUCUUAUCUGGAUGUUCUUAUCCAGAGCGAGUAACAGGAACAAUUAUUGUUAAGUGCCUUGCUCAAGGGCACAUCGACAGAUUUUUCACCUAGUUGGCUUGGGGAUGCGAACCAGCGACCUUUCGGUUACUGGCCCAACACUCUUAACCGCUAGGCUACCUGCCUCGCCGGAUACAGAAUUCAUGCAGUAUUACGAUCAAAUGAUCUCUGAGGUCACAACAACCUUUUCCUAAACUUGUACCACAUGAUUGUAACACACUAGUGGAACUGGAGAGAUCCCUACCAGAUUGGCCAUGCUGAGCCUGCUACCUUCCUGCUAACAGGGCUGAAGUGGGUCAGAGAUACAGUAGGUAGGUGGGUGCACAAUCAUGCUUUUGUAGCAGACGCAGGCCCAAAGCAUAGAGAGACAGGAGAAGGGGAGAAAAGAGAGGGAGAGAAGAGGGAGAGGAAUGGAAAUGAAAAGAGAGCGAAUGAGAGAAAGGAGAGAGAGAGAGGGAGGGAGUGAAGAGGACCAACAAUGCUUGCUCUGUCUCAACUGCUGCAACAGCAUCACAUUCCAUCCUGGCAUAUCAGACAGCUUGAUAUCAACCUCUCCGCUCACGCUGUUCAUCUCUAAACUCAGUUCAUUAAUUUACGCUCUUAACAUAACUGUAAGUCGCUCUGGAUAAGAGCGUCUGCUAAAUGACUAAAAUGUAAUGUAAAUGUAACAUUCACACUGCAAAGCUACCAGUGUGGAUUAAUUUAAAAGACUUAAAAGCUUGCUGUGAUCUAGCCUGUAACAAGUGACCACAGCCACAACAUCAAAUUAGGACAUGGCUUUCAUCCCCUCACAUGAACUGCAUAUCUUAUCUGCUGUAGAAGGCAUGAGAGGGAUCAUCCUCGGUCAGAACUACACUGUCACCAUACACGCCUCUUCCCCAGAGGCAACUUGAAGCUGCCACUUUGGUAUAUUUUGGUUUCUCCCCUACUAAGAUGGUUGCUUCACUGGCAUGCCGUGGUUAACAGUGCAGUGCACUGACUGUUGGGAAAGCACAGCAUGCUUUGGCAACCUGAGCCCAAAGAGAGAAUGUGUAAAAAAGAUUUAGUCAAUUACUGUUAUUGGACUUGGAGAAAAAGCUGUGUCCAAUCUGGGCUGCAUGCCUGGCUGAAUCACUGUUAUUCAUCAUUUCAAGCAUCAUACUGGUAAAUUGAGAAAUGAUAUUGUGUAUUGUUGUUUACAAUCUGUAGGCCUAGAUCUGAACCUGCUGCAUUCAAUAAUGUGUGGUUUAUGGAGUGGAUACCAUAUCUCAUCCUCUUCACCACAGUGACAUAUAUUGCAUAUCAUUCUGUUUCUGUCAUGCUGUUUGUUGUUGAACUGUUUACUUUUCACAAUAUUUAUUUUCUAGUGAAGCCACUUCUUCUGCCUAGAUUAAACUACUUGAGAGAUGUUCUUAUAUUGUUUACCCAGGGGCCUAGCUACAGUAAAGCGUGGUAAUCAGUAUUUACACAGACAGACAAGUAUGUGGUGCUUACUCAAUGUUUCCCCUAUAUUCAUUUAGCAGUGGCGAGCCGCCGCUUCUAAAUUGUUGCCACCACUCCCAAAAAUAUGAUUUAAACAAAUAAUAAUGAUAUACUGUGUAUAUACUGUGUAUAUAUAUAUAUAUAUAAUGGUAAAACCAAACUCUAUAGUUUUUAGUUUUUACGCAGAGGCUAGUGGCUAUACACUUUUUUAUUUAUUUAUUUAGCCUUUAUUAUUUUUCAGGAGAGACCUGGUCCUACAGCGGCAGCGGGAACAAAGUUUCAGACAAAACUACUUACAUACACUAACACAACAUUGAACAAAACUAUAGACACACAUACAGUACAACAAUUACAUAUUACGUAAAGAAACACGAAUGUCAUAACUAAAAAACAGCUGUCCUAAAGACAAUUACACUCUUCUAUGAUAUUUACAUCGAUCAAGUGUUUAAACCUAUUCUCAGCUUGAGCUUCCUUAUCAAGUUCUCCACAUGAACAGUGAAGCUCAGCUUGUCAUCCACCCACACUCCCAAAUAUUUGUACACUUUGACUUGCUCUAUAGUAUGUCCAUCCAAUGUAGCAAUGACAUGAUUAGUAACUUGCCUGGCAUUUGAAAAUACCAUGCAUUUUGUUUUACCCGAAUUCAGAACCAGCUUCAAAUCAUACAGAUUCUGUUGUAAGGUGUUAAAUGCUCUUUGGGCAUUUUCAAAAGCGAAAGAUAAACUACUACCACUUGAAUAAAGAACAGUAUCAUCUGCAUAAAAAUGACACUGUUUCAAUAUGAUCCCCAAUGUUGUUGAUAUACAAAAUGAACAACAGUGGGCCCAAAAUAGAAUCUACCAGUCAAAAGUUUGGACAUACCUACUCAUUCCAGGGUUUUUCUUUAUUUUUACUAUUUUCUACAUUGUAGAAUAAUAGUGAAGACAUCAAAACUAUGAAAUAACACAUAUGGAAUCAUGUAGUAACCAAAAAAGUGUUAAACAAAUAAAAAUUUAUUUUAUAUUUGAGAUUCUUCAAAGUAGCCACCCUUUGCCUUAAUGACAGCUUUGCACACUCUUGGCAUUCUCUCAACCAGCUUCAUGAGAUAGUCAUCUGGAGUGCAUUUCAAUUAACAGGUGUGCCUUCCUAAAAGUUAAUUUGUGGAAUGUCUUUCCUUCUUAAUGCGUUUGAGCCAAUCAGUUGUGUUGUGACAAGGUAGGGGGUAUACAGAAGAUAGCUCAAUUUGGUAAAAGACCAAGUCCAUAUUAUGGCAAGAACAGCUCAAAUAAGCAUAGAGAAACGACAGUCCAUCAUUACUUUAAGACAUGAAGGUAAGUCAAUCCGGAAAAUGUCAAGAACUUUGAAAGUUUCUUCUACAGUCGCAAAAACCAUCAAGCGCUAUGAUGAAACUGGCACUCAUGAGGACCGCCACAGGAAAGGAAGACCCAGAGUUACCUCUGCUGCAGAGGAUAAGUUCAUUAGAGUUAACUGCACCUCAGAUUGCAGCCCAAAUAAAUGCUUCACAGAGUUCAAGUAACAGACACAUCUCAACAUCAACUGUUCAGAGGAGACAGUGUGAAUCAGGCCUUCAUGGUCGAAUUGCUGCAAAGAAACCACUUCUAAAGGACACCAAUAAGAAGAAGAGACUUGCUUGGGCCAAGAAACACGAGCAAUGGACAUUAGACCGGUGGAAAUCUGUCCUUUGGUCUGAUGAGUCCAAAUGUGAGAUCUUUGGUUCCAACCGCCGUGUCUAUGUGAGACGCAGAGUAGGUGAACGGAUGAUCUCUGCAUGUGUGGUUCCCACUGUAAAGCAUAGAGGAGGAGGUGUGAUGGUGUGGGGGUGCUUUGCUGGUGACACUGUUGGUGAUUUAUUUAGAAUUCAAGGCACACUUAACCUUCAUGGCUACCACAGCAUUCUGCAGCGAUACGCCAUCCCAUCUGGUUUGUGCUUAGUGGGACUAUCAAUAGUUUUUCAACAGGACAAUGACCCAACGCACCUCCAGGCUGUGUAAGGGCUAUUUGACCAAGAAGGAGAGUGAUGGAGUGCUGCAUCAGAUGACCUGGCCUCCGCAAUCACCCGACCUCAACCCAAUUGAGAUGGUUUGGGAUGAGUUGGACCGCAGAGUGAAGGAAAAGCAGCCAACGUGUGCUCACCAUAUGUGGGAACUCCUUCAAGACUGUUGGAAAAGCAUUCCUCAUGAAGCUGGUUGAGAGAAUGCCAAGAGUGUGCAAAGCUGUCAUCAAGGCACAGGGUGGCUACUUUGAAGAAUUUGUUUAACACUUUUUUGGUUACUACAUGAUUCCAUAUGUGUUAUUUCAAAGUUUUGAUGUCUUCACUAUUAUUCUACAAUGUAGAUAAUAGUAAAAAUAAAGAAAAACCCUUGAAUGAGUAGGUGUGUCCAAACUUUUGAAUGGUACUAUAUAUAUAUAUAUAUAUAUAUAUAUAUAUAUAUAUAUAUAUAUAUAAUUUCCGUGAUGGUAAAACGUUUUCAGUGUAAACCUGAACUGAAACCAGAUUAUUAUAUAAAGUGUGUAGAAAACAUAAUGGAGCAAUAUGUUUUUAAAUAAGAUACUUUUUUAGAACUAACAAUCACCAAAAUAAAAACUAGACAGUCAGGGAGAAUCUAACAUUCCCAAAAUGUCAUGGCAUGUGGCACACAUUGAUUUUGUUAUUAUGUUUGAGUCACUCAGAUAGCAUAAGAACAAAAUAUCACAUUUUCUCUCCACCCCAAAAAAGGUAGAAUUGCAGGAAAUUGGCUGUAAAACAGCAAAAUGUUGUAUCUUCAGCCAAGAGGUGGCCCUUUACAAUUUUGGGUCGGAGAUUGUGCCAUUGGCUACGCCCACUACCACGCCCCCCCAAUCCUCUAAAAUAACUUUUCCACCGCUGCUGAAAAAAAUCCUAUGGGAAACAAUGUGACUGCUAGUCCCUAGUGUGUUUUCUGAUGCCUCUCUGGCAAUGGUCUUCAAUUCAAUACGUUCAAUAUCAUUGACAGACAGCACCUUAGCUCUUUCUGCUGUCUCUGCAAUUGAUUUCCCUGAGGAGCUGGGCUGCGUCCCAAAUAGCACCCUAUUCCCUAUGUAGUGCUCUAGUGAGGCAGAAGGGAAUAGAGCCAGGCGGGGCCCUGGCUCUAUUCCCUUCUGUGCAUUCGGAAAGUAUUCAGACCCCUUGACCUUUUCAACAUUUUGUUACGUUACAGCCUUAUUCUAAAAUUGAUUAAAUUGUUUUUUCCCCUCAUCAAUCUACACACAAUACCCCAUAAUGAUAAAGCAAAAACAGGUUUUUAGAUGUUUUUGCAAGUUUAUAAAAAAUAAAAACGUAAAUAUCACAUUUACCUAAGUAUUCAGACCGUUUACUCAGUACUUUGUUGAAGCACCUUUGGCAGCGAUUACAGCCUCGAGUCUUCUUGGGUAUGACGCUACAAGCUUGGCACACCUGUAUUUGGGGAGUUUCUCCCAUUCUUCUCUGCAGAUCCUCUCAAGCUCUGUCAGGUUGGAUGGGGAGCGUCGCUGCACAGCUAUUUCCAGGUAUCUCCAGAGAUGUUCGAUUGGGUUCAAGUCCGGGCUCUGGCUGGGCCACUCAAGGACAUUCAGAGACUUGUCCCGAAGCCACUCCUGCGUUGUCUUGGCUGUGUGCUUAGGGUCAUUGUCCUGUUGGAAGGUGAAACUUCGUCCCAGUCUGAGGUCCUGAGCGCUCUGGAGCAGGUUUUCAUCAAGAAUCUCUCUGUACUUUGCUCUAUUCAUUUUUCCCUCGAUCCUGCCUAGUCUCCUAGUCCCUGCCGCUGAAAAACAUCCCCACAGCAUGAUGCUGCCACCACCACGCUUCACCGUAGGGGAUGGUGCCAGGUUUCCUCCAGACGUUACGCUUGGCAUUCAGGCCAAAGAGUUCAAUCUUGGUUUCAUCAGACCAGAGAAUCUUGUUUCUCAUGGUCUGAGAGUCUUUAGGUGCCUUUUGGCAAACUCCAAGCGGGCUGUCGUGUGCCUUUUACUGAGGAGUGGCUUCCAUCUGGCCACUCUACCAUAAAGGCCUGAUUGGUGGAGUUCUGCAGAGAUGGUUGUCCUUCUGGAAGGUUCUCCCAUCUCCACAUAGGAACUCUGGAGCUCUGUCAGAGUGACCAUUGGGUUCUUGGUCACCUCCCUGACCAAUGCCCUUCUCCACCGAUUGCUCAAUUUGGCCGGGCGGCCAGCUCUAGGAAGUCUUGGUGGUUCCAAACUUCUUCCAUUUAAGAAUGAUGGAGGCCACUGUGUUCUUGGGGACCUUCAAUGCUGCAGAAAUGUUUUGGUACCCUUCCCCAGAUCUGUGCCUCGACACAAUCCUGUCUCGGAGCUCUACGGACAAUUCCUUCGACCUCAUGGCUUGGUUUUUGCUCUGACAUGCAGUGUCAACUGUGGGACCUUAUAUAGACAGGUGUGUGCCUUUCCAAAUCAUGUCCAAUCAAUUGAAUUUCCCACAGGUGGACUCCAAUCAAGUUGUAGAAACAUCUCGAGGAUGAUCAAUGGAAACAGGAUGCACCUGAGCUCAAUUUCGAGUCUCAUAGCAAAGGGUCUGAAUACAUAUGUAAAUGUGAUAUUUCAGUUUUUUAUUUUUUAAUAAACCUGCACAAAUUUCUAAAAACCUGUUUUUGCUUUGUCAUUAUGGGGUAAUGUGUGUAGAUUGAUGUAGAUUGAACAAUUUAAUCAAUUUUAGAAUAAGGCUGUAACGUAACAAAAUGUGGAAAAAGUCAAGGGGAUCUGAAUACUUUCCGAAUGCACUGUAGUAGUGGAGGAAACCCUGACGUGUGUGUUAUAUGUAGUGUACAGUACGUAUGUGUGUCCUCUCUAACCCCACCUCCUCUGCCCUGCAGACCAAUCAGGCCACGUCUCUGUCUGUGACGGACGAGCUGAUCUUCUGUGGCUGUGCUGACGGCACGGUUAGGGCCUUCAGCCCCGUCAACCUGCACUUCAUCUGCACCCUGCCACGCCCACACUGCCUGGGCACAGACAUCGCCACCGUGGUGGAGGCUAGGUGAGUGACCCCGACCUUAACCUCCACACAAUGCAGACGACGUGCAGAGGUUUUUAUGUGUGCAAGAAUUCAUAUUUUAUAAUCAAUUGAACUUUUAGAGAACUGUUUUUUUAAUCAACAUUAUGACUUUGAAAUGUCGCCCUGGACAUGAAUGAAGUAUUUAAAUGGUGUCUUUGUGACUGUGGGAAGUGGGAACAGUCUCUCUCUGUCCUGUUGGUUAGCCAGAGUGGUGUGGGUUGUGUGGUAUCUAGAUCUCAUACAGCAUCAUACUCUACAUACCUAUACAAAUACUAAACAAACCAACUACACAAAAUACCCUUGAAUGAUUUCCUCUUUGUUACUGUUCUUCCAGGAUGCAUGUGGGCCCAGUUGGAGUUAAAUGUCAUAUUGUUUUUGUAUCCCUGUAUCCCCCUCAAGCUCUGUUUAAAUAGACGUUUUGUCGUUGAUGCCUUCAGGAAGACAGAUGGAGAUUCCUAUGAGAGUUUGUUCUCCUCAUAAAUAUGGACUGAGUGAAUGCUGAGUCUGGAAUGCUGCUGGUUAAUUUCCUUGUUCAACUGACUUCCUGACAAUAGGCCCUAAAUGUUAUAACAGAUUAGCUGAAUAAUCAUGCAUAUAGCAUGUUUGCGUGGGAUGUGAAAAAUCCCACCAGUGGAAUAACUAACUGCAUGUUUGCGUCACAAAUGACACCCUUUUCCCUAUUUGGUGCAAUACUUUUGACCAGGGCCCAUAGAUGGCUGUGUAGGUCAUGUCGAAGCUGCUAUUAAGUGAAGCCAUCAAGGUCACCUCGCUACUGUUUAUAGAAGUUUCUGUGGGAAACACCAUAGACAGGCCAGACCUCACCCAGUAAGCACGUUAUGUUCUGGCCAAAAACACAACCAUUAAAUCAUUGGUAAAGGGAUGCCAGCCCGGCUGAUAGCUGGGCUUUUCUCAUAACCAUUGAAUUGGGUUAGCUUGUACUGUAACUUUAAAGUAUCUCUGGGUUCUGGAAAAGUGCUUCAUAAAUUAAAUAUAUAGUUUUUUUAUUACAGUAUUCCAGUGUUAUUACAUCCUAACUCUCCCUCCCUCCAGUCACCUCUUCAGCCACAAGAUGGACGCCCGGUGUCCUGACACGGUGGCUGUAUCUUAUGACCCUGCCAGCCGCUGGCUGUCCUGUGUCUACAAUGACCACAGCCUGUACGUGUGGGACGUACGGGACCUCCGCAAAGUGGGCAAGGUCUACUCCGCCCUCUACCACUCGGCCUGCGUGUGGAGCGUCGAGGUAAGGUCAGGGAGGGAGGCCUGGAGGAACAUGUUUCUCUUUACUCCCUGUAUAGAGAGGGUUUUACAUGUAGAAAAUAAACAAGAUACCUGUUGCACACUGUUGAAUGGUGGUCUCAUAUACAGUGCAUUCGGAAAGUAUUCAGACCCCUUGACUUUUUCCACAUUUUGUUACGUUACAGCCUUAUUCUAAAAUUGAUAAAAUUGUUUUUUUCCCUCAUCAAUCUACACACAAUACCCCAUAAUGACAAAGCAAAAAUACGUUUUUAUAAAUGUUUGCACAUUUAUUAAAAAUAAACAACGGAAAUAUAACAUUUACAUAAGUAUUCAGACCCUUUUCUCAGUACUUUGUUGAAGCACCUUUGGCAGCGAUUACAGCCUCAAGUCUUCUUGGGUAUGACGCUACAAGCUUGGCACACCUGUAUUUGGGGAGUUUCUCCCGUUCUUCUCGGCAGAUCCUCUCAAGCUCUGUCAGGUUGGAUGGGGAGUGCCUCUGCACAGCUAUUUUCAGGUCUCUCCAGAGAUGUUAGAUUGGGUUCAAGUCCGGGCUCUGGCUGGCCACUAAAGGACAUUCAGAGACUUGUCCUGAAGCCACUCCUGCGUUGUCUUGGCUGUGUGCUUAGGGUCAUUGUCCUGUUGGAAUGUGAACCUUCGCCCCAGUCUGAGGUCCUCAGCGCUCUGGAGCAGGUUUUAAUCAAGAAUCUCUCUGUACUUUGCUCCGUUCAUCUUUCCCUCGAUCCUGACUAGUCUCCCAGUCCCUGCCGCUGAAAAACAUCCCCACAGCAUUAUGCUGCCACCACCAUGCUUCACCGUAGGGAUGGUGCCAGGUUUCCUCCAGACGUGACACUUGACAUUCAGGCCAAAGAGUUCAAUCUUGGUUUCAUCAGACCAGAGAAUCUUGUUUCUCAUGGUCUGAGAGUCUUUAGGUGCAUUUUGGCAAACUCCAAGCGUGCUGUCACGUGCCUUUUACUGAGGAGUGGCUUCCGUCUGGCCACUCUACCGUAAAGGCCUGAUUGGUGGAGUGCUGCAGAGAUGGUUGUCUUUCUGGAAGUUUCUCCCAUCUCCACAUAGGAACUCUGGAGCACUGUCAGAGAGACCAUCGGGUUCUUGGUCACCUCCCUGAACAAGGCCCUUCUCCCCGAAUGCUCAGUUUGGCCGGGCGGUCAGCUCUAGGAAUAGUCUUGGUGGUUCCAAACUUCUUCCAUUUCAGAAUGAUGGAGGCCACUGUGUUAUUGGGGACCUUCAAUGCUGCAGAAAUGUUUUGGUACCCUUCCCCAGAUCUGUGCCUCGACACAAUCCUGUCUCAGAGCUCUACGGACAAUUCCUUCGACCCUGUCGCUUGGUUUUUGCUCUGACAUACACUGUCAACUGUGUGACCUUAUAUAGAGAGGUGUGUGCCUUUCCAAAUCAUGUUCAAAUCAAUUGAAUUUACCACAGGUGGACUCCAAUGAAGUUGUAGAAACAUCUCAAGGAUGAUCAAUGGAAACAGGAUGCACCUGAGCUCAAUUUCGAGUCUCAUAGCAAAGGGUCUGAAUACUUAUUUAAAUAAUGUAUAUAUUUAUUUAUUUUAUGUAAAUUUACAAAAACUUCUAAAAACCUGUUUUUGCUUUGUCAUUAUGGGGUGUUGUGUGUAGAUUGAUGAGGAUUUCUAUUUAUUUAAUCCAUUUAAGAAUAAGGCUGUAACGUAACAAAAUGUGGAAAAAGUCAAGGGGUCAAAAUACUUUCCGAAUGCAAUGUUUAUUGUUCCGUGCAGCGGAGCAUUUAACCGUGUGUGGGUAUGUUUUUAUUUUCUAUGAUGCGUUUUUUCCACCCUGCAGCUGGAAUCUAUCUGGAUGUGCAUACACUAGUUUAGAACAACUGUUUCCAUGUCCUCUGUACCUGUCAGGUGUACCCAAAAUGUACGUAGAUUAAUAUUUACAUAAUCUCUCCUAGUGUUAAAAGAAUUUCUAUCUCUAAUUCAACCUAAGCUUGAAUCAUUACCAGAGGUUGUAAGGCUCUGGUUUUAAUCAUAAAUGAUUCAAGGUCCACAACCAGCAAGAAUGAUCUGUAUUUUUAUUCAUGGAGAGCUCUGGCGCCAAAACCCAUACACUCCUGUUUUAUACCUCUUGACACACAAAGGCACUUUGCUCCGCCCACCUUUAGGAGGCUUUCUUAAACAGUUUCCACCUUUCUCCUUCACCCUGGAAUGUUUAGUCCCGCCCCCCCCCCCCUCUGUUAGUGGGUUGAUAAUUGUAACACAGUUGUAUUUGGGGUGAAAUCCUUUAGUCAUUAUUCUUAAAAUACAAAUUAAUCUAACACCUAGACGAUAGGUCUACUAAUGUUUCCUUUGCUCUGCACCUGUACAGGUGUAUCCAGACAGGGUAAGGGAUGGCAGGCAGCCCUGUCUGCCUCCAGGUUCCUUCCUUAGCUGUUCUUCAGACAAUACUAUCCGUCUCUGGAACACUGAUGGACACAACACCACUCUCAGCCACAACGUCAUCAGCAACGUACGUCUGUCUCACUCUCACACACCAUAUAACUAACUCCUGAUCUCAAUAUGAAUGACUGCUGAUUGAGUUUUGAUGCUAAGUAGUUCUACUCAAGAACCUUUGAAUCCAGAGUGAGGCUUUAAGAGGGGGAAACACACCCAACUUAUAGAGGUUUAUUAAGUGAUGGUGAAUGGCUUUCUCGGCUAAUAAUCCCCCCCCCCCCCCUUUCUCUCGCUCUCCAGGACCUCCAGAAGAUAAUCUAUAUGGACAACAACACCGCCGGCCUGCUGGACACAGAGUGCCUCAACUCGGGGAAUGGAGAGAAGGCCGACCCCCAGACCUCGGAGACCAGGACGGGCAUCAGGACCAUGUGUGUCAGCCCAGACGGGCAGCACUUGGCAUCGGGCGACCGCACCGGCACCUUGAGGUACUGUUGGAGAAAAAGAGCGGUUUGUUCGCACACCUGUAGUUCAAAGUCUAUGGAAGAAACUAUUGUAGAACAAGAAAAUUUAGCACACUGGUGUUCUUGAUUACUCCACAAACAAUGUUUUUAUUUUAUUGUAACCUUUAUUUAACUAGUCAGUUAAGAACAGAUUCUUAUUUACAAUGAUGGCCUACCCCGGCCAACCCAGACAACGCUGGGCCAAUUGUGCUCUUAGUCUCGGCCGGAUUUUGAUACAGCCUGGAAUCGAACCAGGGUCUGUAGUGACGCCUCUAGCACUGAGAUGCAGGGCCUUAGACCGCUGCGCCACUCGGGAUCCCUUUAAACUAAUCAAUGUUUGUGUCAGUAGACCUUCAUCAGGCUAAACCCUGAGGUACAGUACCACUGCUAUGCCGUCCCAGAAGGAGCCUUGUUUUCUGUCUCUACCCCUCAGGCCUCAGCACUUCUAUGUCCUAAUGAAAUUCCCUAACUAGACUCAUGGGAGGGUGUGUUGGUGUGUGCGCGCGUGCAUGUGUGUGUUUACAGCUGUGUGUGUGUAUGUUUGUUAAAUUGGGUUUAGAGGAGGCUAGAGUCCAUUCAGGCAGCAGCCUAGCUGACUAUCUGUCCACAUGACUGGAUGGACAGCUGCACCAUGUUGGCUAGGUUGCUGCUGACGUAGUUAACACCAAGGCUACUUUUUGUAAAUUAACUUUGUCACACAAAACUGAAGGAUGGCGGUCUACUCUGCAUUCUACUGCGGCCCAGCGGUGUCUCUGUGUGUGGAGAGACUGAGCUGUAAGCCGCGUUAACAGUGUGCUCCUCGCAAAAAAUGUGUGUUGUUAUGGGAGCAUAGCAGGACUAAUCAAGUACUAUUCUGUUCUGUUUGCUGUUGCAGGAUCCACGAGCUGGAGAGCAUGGGGGAGAUUCUGAACGUUCAGGCCCACGACUCAGAGAUCCUGUGUCUGGAAUAUUCCAAGCCUGAGACGGGUACGUUCAAUUGUUACCAUAAUAACAUAUUCACCUUCUAUGUAGUUAGUUAACUCAUACUGAAUACAGAUAUUUAUUGUUAGCUUGCUAUCCAUGACAAGCCUGAUACGUGUAAGGCAGAUUUCCCCUCUUCUGGGAGGAAAUGGAAGAGGCAACAUGGUUAUAAAUACUACUGUAGGUAUAAACCACCUUCAGCUGGUUGCCAGAUGCUUCACCAACCUCCCAUUGACUUGUGAAACAAACCACUUCAGAGCUCCAUCACGUUAUAAAGAGACUGGGGUUGGGUCCAAAUGUACUGUAUGUAAAUUCUUCUUAGUCAAAGUAUAAAUGAGCAGCUUUAUAUAAUUAACUUUACCGGUUCACACAUUAAACCCAAAGGGUCUGAUAAGGGAUUUGUGAAAUGGAAUGUGGAAAUUAUUGAAGUUAUCUUUGUAACUACUGCUAUAGUCAACAAUUUCAACACACACCCAUGUUUCAUCUCAUUUUGUUACAAAGAGUGUCUGUGUGUGCAGUGGGGCUAUUAAGAGGGCAUUAUCAGACCUGGUGAAGUGCCGUCCAAUUCAGAGAAAAGCAAGGCAGAGCAUAUUAUGCUCCAUGGCUUGGGCAGGCCUGAGGGUGGGUGUGUGUGUUGUGUGUUGUGUGUGUGUGUGUUGUGUGAGUGGGGGUAGCACACUGGCAUUGGCCCAAGAACUGCUUGGCCCUCCUCCAGACCUCCAUCAUCUAGCCCCAGUAGCAGCACAUCUGUCAUAGUGGCUGCAUCCCAAAAGGCCCUGGUCAAAAGAAGUACACUAUAUAGGGAAUAGGGUCUCAUUUGGGAUGCAUCCAGUGGCUCCCAUGUUAAUAGGAGUAUUAAUGAUAUUCCUCUAGGUCAUCCAUUUGGCAGUUGGCACCACACAGAGAACCAGAUAGAGAGAGCUCAGAAUAAACCCAGUACACUCCCUCUGGCUGCCUGCAGUGUACAGUGCCCCCACACAUUGACUCGGUACCGGUACCCCCUGUAUGUAGCCUCGUUAUUGCUAUUUUAUUGUUUAACUUUUUUAAAACUUUAGUUUAUUUAGUAAAUAUUUUCUUAACUCUUAUAUUUCUUAAAACUGCAUUGUUGGUUAAGGGCUUGAAAGUAAGCAUUUCACGGUAAGGUCUACACCUGUUGUAUUCGGCGCAUGUGACAAAUAAAAUAGUAUUUUAUUUGAUAGUAACACCUCAGAGGGUGAUUAUAGUCCGAUCACAGCCAUUGCCCUGCUGGGCCUGUAUUCUCAACGCAUCUCAGAGUAGAGUGCUGAUCUGGGAUCAGUUUAGCCUUUUAAAUCAUAAUGGAUAAGAGGGGGAAACUGAUAUUGCUAUGCAAUUCAUCCUCUAGGUUUACCAUAUCACCUUCACCUUCUAGCUGGGAUCAAGGUUAACAAAGUCACAAAGCUAACAGAUCCAGGAUCCACAUUCAAUCUCAGCAAGGAGAGGAUUUAAGCGAAAUAGAUAGUACUUUUCAUUUACUGAAAUUAAUCAGGUUGGAAAUUCAAUCAAGUCCACUCUGGGGAAGUGCUUAACAUCAAUUUUUGAUUGGUUUCGAUAUCCAUGUGAAGUGUCAGUCAGCUCAUUGGUUAUUAGGUUAAUAUAAUGUAAUUGGAGUCAUAAUCGCAUUUGUUCACCAUGUGCGGUCAGUCACUCCACAUAAUCACAGUGAGUUGUUGCAAUUCAAACGCAGUGGAUAUCCUUGCAUGUGCAAAUAGCUGUCGUCAUCAGUUUAAUCUGGAUCAUGUAUAGUUUCCCCCUAAAAUUUAGAAAAUUGGACACGUAAACAGAUAUUUUUCUGUCUGUUACAGUGGCGCCUAGUUAUGUGGCCCACUCAUGCUUGGCCUAUCGUAGCACUGGUCUCAUCUCUCGGUAAACCUCUAAGGAAAUACGUUUUGCACUACUGUUUCCUCUCAUUAAGAGUAGCUUUAAUGUUACUGUUAACAGGGACACAGGUAGUAGCAACUAGCAGGUUAAAAAGGUUUCAGUGAGUCCACAUAUGGCCUAAUGUGUCAGGUAGCAGUCUGUAGAGCACAUGUUGACCAGAGCACCACCCUGCUCAACAAGAUGCUUUAUGGCUGUUAAAAACACGAAGGACCUCUAAUGAAAAAUAUUUACCACCACCGAAAUGGAGAACAGGAGUUGGCUGUUGGUAAGUGGCUGGUAUUCUGGUGUGUAAUUGAGUGUAAUGGAGUGUAAUGUAAUGUAAUGUAAUGUAGGCCUAUACGUGGUGUGAAGGUUUUGUCUUGCAAUGACUGUGAUACGUGGUUGUUUUUACCUAUUUGAAUGCACUGACUAUAAGUCCCUCUGGUUAAGAGUGUCUGGUAAUGAAUAAAAUAUAAAUGUGUGUGUGUUGUGUGUGACAGGGCUGAAGCUGCUAGCCACAGCGAGUCGGGACCGGCUGAUCCACGUGCUGGAUGCAGAGCGGGAGUACAGCCUGCUGCAGACGCUGGAUGAACACUCCUCUUCCAUCACUGCAGUACGAUUCGCUGGUGAGACUUGCAGAUGACCUUUGACCCUUUACCUCAAACUCUCAAGUCUCACACCUUUGACAGUUAUAUUAGUUAUGGAAGUUAGACCUCUGGCAUCCAAAGAUGUCAUGGAAGUUUCAAUUGUGGCACUAUCUUGCAGUUUAAAGUUAACAUGGUUAUUAUUGCCAUGGUAACAUUGCUCCUUCUCUUUUAGCCAAUGAAGGUAAGGUGAGGAUGAUCAGCUGUGGCGCUGACAAGAGCAUCUACUUCCGCACAGCGCAGAAGGUAAAACACACACACACAAUGGCGCUGCUCUAGAACAGCUGCUGCUGGAGGCGUAACUAGGUUAGGGGGACUAAUGAUUUUGUGGCACGGCUUGGCAAUAUUUCAUCAUGAUCUUUCAACAUAUUUUGGCCAUGGACCCACAUUCUUAAUCGUGGCUCAGCCAACCCCUCUUUAAUUUGACUAUCCUUGUUGCUUACAGCUAAUUCAUUAAACUCCAAGUGGCCUAUUUAAUAAUGAAACUUUUCCUCUAAGGCUUUCUGUGUCACACUGGCUGUUGUAUGCCCCAAGUCCCUGGGUCCCACUGCUUUUUCCAAAAACCUGCUCUCUUAAUCUUCCCCUCCUGUUUUCAGAGCCCCGUGCUUAUGAGGGUCACAGUGACAUUUUUACAAGGCUGUUCUACAAACGAAGUCAAAUUCCUGACCCAAGGAACUCAGAGGGCCCCCAUGACUAGGCUACUAUAACUCCCACCCGACUUGGCAGAAACUAACAGGCAGGGCAAUUAGAACCAAAGAGCUCCAAUUAGAACCAUUUCCCAAGGCAAGCUACAGUUUAGAGAUCGUUCAUUGACAUCACAAACAAACAAGUUUGGUUUGUUUAUCCGCAGUAAUGCUACGUCUCUUUUGGAAUCCAGUCAGGAUUGAAGGAAAAGCUUGAUGAUGUUGUCGUCUGUGGUACAUAGUGUUCUUAGUUCUUUUUAGUUCUCUUUGGCAGGCGUUGUGUUGUGUUAUUUGGAGGGAAUACUAAAGCAGGCCCUCCCUACUGCAUAUUGUUCUUAGCAGCUGUUAUGUGAAUUAUUUAACAAACUAUUUCAGUUUCUCUGUGCGUCUCCCAAAAGGUUGUAAGUCUUUUGGGAUUUAAGUAACGGCCAGAGUCCCGGUCUGCAUAGUCAGAGAUAUUUAUUCAUUGAGAAUUCUGCCAUCACAAUUUCAGAGUCCAUCUUUUAUACUCAUACGUCAUACAAAAAGAAAUCCCUCCCCUCUGUAGGCGGGCUGUAGUUUUCCACUCUAAAACUGCUCUACUGACCUUCAGUUCACACACACAUGCAUACACACAUACAUACACACACACACACACAUAUCCUACUCCCUGCAUUACUCAGUUAUUGCCGUUCUCACAAUAUUCUGCACCAUGUUUUCAUAACAGUUUCUCCCCUCCCUAAAUUGGGAGGCCUCUUUAUCUUAGUUUCUCAGUUGUCUUUGUUGGCUGGCCUAACUCUUACUCACAUUGCUAAAUAGUGGCUCAAUGCCAUAGCCUUUACUGGUCCUACACUCACACAUUUCUAACACAUUAUACACAGUUUCAGGGUGUAAUAAUUAGUCAUUAAUAAUUAAUCUAUCAGCAGCGCUGGCAGCUUUGGGUGUCAAGAAGCAGAUAAUGAUCUAAUGGAAUACAUAGAGGAAGAACACACAAAGUGAGACUGAUGAUAUCAGGUGACCAAAGCCAUUUUAGUGAACAGAAGCAAAUCAACUUCAGAUUAAAAUGGACUCAGAAUUGGAGGAGUCUUUUGAGGUGAUAGCCUAAUCCUGAAGUAGUCAGACUCAUUUCAGGUCAACUCGUGGAAUGUAACCUAACCCGUGUAUGAAGAAACAAAUGGAGAAAAUUCUAAUUCGUCCACAUUGAGAUCAGAGUGCAAUUCUAACCCUCGGGAUGUGAAUUUUACAAUCUAAUUAACAAGUAGAUGGAAAGUAUCCUCAUUCUCUACCAUUUAAUCCAUGGACCGCUUUAGAAGUCACGGGACACUGCUAUAAAAGCCACAAAAACCCUACAAGGAUAAAUGUUCUGGUUUAUUAGAAUAUGCCUGCGUCCCAAAUGGAACCCUUUUCCCUAUAUUUACUACUAUUGACCAGGGCCCAUAGGGACGCAUACUAUGACUCAUUGUAACAAUAUGUCUGCCAAAACACCUUAAAUAGGACAGCUCUCAUUUCUCACUGGAGCAUUUACAGUAGUGUUGUUAAUGGGACUAGCAUGGCAGUGAGUGGUGACCUGUUUUAACCUCUGGUUGUUUUACCCUGUCGUUUACAGUCAGAUGAAGGAACCGUGUUUACUCGCACCCACCACAUCGUACGCAAGACAACGCUGUAUGACAUGGAUAUCGACCCCACCAGGAAGUACGCUGCUAUUGGUUGUCAGGACCGCAGCAUCAGGUGGGGGCCUGGUCUACCUGUCCUUGUUUGUCUCAAUUAUUGUUUUUGUGUAUGUAUAUGUCGGUCAAUGUGUGUGUGACGACAGUGUUAGUCUGUGUGUGUGUGCGUGUGUGCGUGCGUACAGUACGCGAGUGUGAGUAUGUACCAGUGGAGGCUGCUGAGGGGGGUACAGCUCAUAAUAAUGGCUGGAAUGGAGUCAAUGGAAUGGUAUCAAGCACACGUCUUUGAUGUGUUUGAUACCAUUCCAUUGGCUCCAUUCCAGACGUUAUUAUGAGCCGUCCUCCCCUCAGCAGCCUCCACUGGUAUGUGUGUGCGAGUACAUGCGUGCGAGUACAUGAGUGCGCAAGCACGUGUGUGUAUUUGUGUUUGACCUCUCCGUAAUCUGUCAGACUGUGCAGUCAUCCCUCCCUAGCAGGUGGAUUAGUCCUAACUCAGGUGUUGUAAACACAGGAAGGAUGAGAUCAGGGGCCCAGCCCCUGGCUGGUGAAGCCUGUCUGUAGCUACGGUCAUGCUGCUGUCCAUGUGCCUGUCCUGACCUGAGCCUCCAUCUGCCUGCCUGCCUGCUCAAGUGUUUACAUCUCUCACUCACAUUUUCCACCCUUUAUCAACGACAAUAACAAACACGCUUUGAAAGCAAAUAUGGCUUAGCGUUGGCUUAAGCUGCUGAUAUUGCAAAUGCAGACUUGGAAGAAAUGAGCCUCUCUGUUUCACCACUUGUCUCCAGCAGGUCUUGUGCCAACUUGUUUGAAUGGCCAGUCCCUUUUAUAGCCUAAAUACCCCAUGAAUCUGAGAUUAAAUUGUAAUGGUUGAAAGUUCUACCAUAACGGAGAAAUUUCAAACAACCAAGUUAUGUUAACAACCACCCUCAAGUUAUAGCGUACUGCUUUAUUAAUCUAGGGUUCCCAAACUUUUUCACUCGGGGGGCCCCUUUUUCACUCGGGGGGCCCCUCUUCCACCACGUCUAUUUCUCUGGGCACAAGCACUGUUCAUGACACAAACUGUUCACAUCCCUCUUGUUGAUGGAGAGGAUUUUGCAAGUUUAAAGCUUAUUUCCUGCAAUUCUACACAUUUUGUCACUGGGUGCAAAUAAAAUGUUGCAGUUUUAAUGCUAAGUUUCUUGCAAUUCUAUACAUUUUGCCAUGUCUAAUGUGUAUUCAUGUGAUAUUUGAGUGACAAAAAAAUUACAAUUAUCUAUGGGCUAAAAAAACUAAAUAAAAAAACAUUAGCUGACAUGGGCUAGUUGAUCUGGACGUUUCUGACAAGUUAUAAAUAGUUAUCUAAGGUACGCAAUGACUAACAUGACAAGAGGAACUGAUGAUGCACUACCCAAUUUCGAUAUUGCACCUUGUGCAUUCUACUAUUACGACUUUCAAGAGUACGUUUAAAGCCGGACUGAGUUCCUUAAGAUUAUUUUUUUAUAUACAGUGGGGGAAAAAAGUAUUUAGCCAGCCACCAAUUGUGCAAGUUCUCCCACUUAAAAAGAUGAGAGAGGCCUGUAAUUGUCAUCAUAGGUACACGUCAACUAUGACAGACAAAAUGAGGGAAAAAAAUCCAGAAAAUCACAUUGUAGGAUUUUUAAUGAAUUUAUUUGCAAAUGAUGGUGGAAAAUAAGUAUUUGGUCAAUAACAAAAGUUUCUCAAUACUUUGUUAUAUACCCUUUGUUGGCAAUGACACAGGUCAAACGUUUUCUGUAAGUCUUCACAAGGUUUUCACACACUGUUGCUGGUAUUUUGGCCCAUUCCUCCAUGCAGAUCUCCUCUAGAGCAGUGAUGUUUUGGGGCUGUCGCUGGGCAACACAGACUUUCAACUCCCUCCAAAGAUUUUCUAUGGGGUUGAGAUCUGGAGACUGGCUAGGCCACUCCAGGACCUUGAAAUGCUUCUUACGAAGCCACUCCUUCGUUGCCCGGGCGGUGUGUUUGGGAUCAUUGUCAUGCUGAAAGACCCAGCCACGUUUCAUCCAACCCCAUGCUUCACAGUAGGUAUGGUGUUCUUUGGAUGCAACUCAGCAUUCUUUGUCCUCCAAACACGACGAGUUCAGUUUUUACCAAAAAGUUAUAUUUUGGUUUCAUCUGACCAUAUGACAUUCUCCCAAUCCUCUUCUGGAUCAUCCAAAUGCACUCUAGCAAACUUCAGACGGGCCUGGACAUGUACUGGCUUAAGCAGGGGGACACGUCUGGCACUGCAGGAUUUGAGUCCCUGGCGGCGUAGUGUGUUACUGAUGGUAGGCUUUGUUACUUUGGUCCCAGCUCUCUGCAGGUCAUUCACUUGGUCCCCCUGUGUGGUUCUGGGAUUUUUGCUUACCGUUCUUGUGAUCAUUUUGACCCCACGGGGUGAGAUCUUGCGUGGAGCCCCAGAUCGAGGGAGAUUAUCAGUGGUCUUGUAUGUCUUCCAUUUCCUAAUAAUUGCUCCCACAGUUGAUUUCUUCAAACCAAGCUGCUUACCUAUUGCAGAUUCAGUCUUCCCAGCCUGGUGCAGGUCUACAAUUUUGUUUCUGGUGUCCUUUGACAGCUCUUUGGUCUUGGCCAUAGUGGAAUUUGGAGUGUGACUGUUUGAGGUUGUGGACAGGUGUCUUUUAUACUGAUAACAAGUUCAAACAGGUGCCAUUAAUAUAGGUAACGAGUUGAGGACAGAGGAGCCUCUUAAAGAAGAAGUUACAGGUCUGUGAGAGCAGAAAUCUUGCUUGUUUGUAGGUGACCAAAUACUUAUUUUCCACCAUAAUUUGCAAAUAAAUUCAUUAAAAAUCCUACAAUGUGAUUUUCUUGAUUUUUUUUCUCAAUUUGUCUGUCAUAGUUGAUGUGUACCUAUGAUGAAAAUUACAGGCCUCUCUCAUCUUUUUAAGUGGGAGAUCUUGCACAAUUGGUGGCUGACUAAAUACUUUUUCCCCCACUGUAUAUACAGUACCAGUCAAAAGUUUGGACACACCUACUCAUUCAAGGUUUUUCUUUAUUUGUACUAUUUUCUACAUCGUAGAAUAAUAGUGAAGACAUCAAAACUAUGAAAUAACACAUAUGGAAUCAUGUAGUAACCAAAAAAGUGUUAAACAAAUCAAAAUAUAUUUGAGAUUCUUUAAAGUAGCCACCCUUUGCCUUGAUGACAGCAUUGCACACUCUUGGCAUUCUCUCAACCAGCUUCACCUGGAAUGCUUUUCCAACAGUCUUGAAGGAGUUCCCACAUAUACUGAGCACUUGUUGGCUGCUUUUCCUUCACUCUGCGGUCCAACUCAUCCCAAACCAUCUCAAUUGGGUUGAGGUCGGGUGAUUGUGGAGGCCAGGUCAUCUGAUGCAGCACUCCAUCACUCUCCUUCUUGGUCAAAUAGCCUUUACACAGCCUGGAGGUGUGUUGGGUCAUUGUCCUGUUGAAAAACAACAGCCCAAACAAGAUGGGAUGGCAUAUCGCUGCAGAAUGCUGUGGUAGCCAUGCUGGUUAAGUGUGCCUUGAAUUCUAAAUAAAUCACAGACAGUGUCACCAGCAAAGCAACCCCCACACCAUAACACCUCCUCCUCCAUGCUUUACGGUGGGAACCACACACGCGGAGAUCAUCCGUUCACCCAUUCCGCGUCUCACAAAGACACGGCAGUUGGAACCAAAAAUCUCCAAUUUGGACACCAGACCAAAGGACAAAUUUCCACCGGUCUAAUGUCCAUUGCUCAUGUUUCUUGGCCCAAGCAGGUGUCUUCUUCUUAUUGGUGUCCUUUAGUAGUGGUUUCUUUGCAGCAAUUCAACCAUGAAGGCCUGAUUCACACAGUCCCCUCUGAACAGUUGAUGUUGAGAUGUGUCUGUGACUUGAACUCUGUGAAGCAUUUAUUUGGGCUGCAAUUUCUGAGGCUGGUAACUCUAAUGAACUUAUCCCCUGCAGCAGAGGUAACUCUGGGUCUUCCAUUCCUGUGGCUGUCCUCAUGAGAGCCAGUUUCAUCAUAGUGCUUGAUGGUUUUUGCAAUUGCACUUGAAGAAACAUUCAAAGUUCUUGACAUUUUCCGUAUUGACUGACCUUCAUGUCUUAAAGUAAUGAUGGACUGUCGUUUCGCUUUGCUUAUUUGUGCUGUUCUUGCCAUAAUAUGGACUUGGUCUUUUACCAAAUAGUGCUAUCUGCUGUAUACCCCCCUACCUUGUCACAACACAACUGAUUGCCUCAAACGCAUUAAGAAGGAAAGAAAUUCCAGAAAUUAACUUUUAAGAAGGGUAUUUGAAGAAUCUCAAAUAUAAAAUAUCUUUUGAUUUGUUUAAUACGUUUUUGGUUACAACAUGAUUCCAUAUGUGUUAUUUCAUAGUUUUGAUGUCUUCACUGUUUUUAUUUUUAUUUAUUUUAUUUCACCUUUAUUUAACCAGGUAAGCCAGUUGAGAACAAGUUCUCAUUUACAACUGCGACCUGGCCAAAGCAGUGCGAUAAAAACAACAACACAGAGUUACAUAUGGGGUAAAACAAAACAAAGUCAAAAAUACAACAGCAAUAAGUAUAUAUACAGUGUGUGCAAAUGUAGCAAGUUAUGGAGGUAAGGCAAUAAAUAGGCUAUAGUGCAAAAUAAUUACAAUUAGUAUUAACACUGGAAUGAUAGAUGUGCAAGAGAUGAUGUGCAAAUAGAGAUACUGGGGUACAAAUGAGCAAAAUAAAUAACAAUAUAGGGAUGAGGUAGUUGGGCGGGCUAAUUUCAGAUGGGCUGUGUACAGGUGCAGUGAUCGGUAAGGUGCUCUGACAACUGAUGCUUAAAGUUAGUGAGGGAGAUAAGUGUCUCCAGCUUCAGAGAUUUUUGCAAUUUGUUCCAGUCAUUGGCAGCAGAGAACUGGAAGGAAUGGCGGCCAAAGGAGGUGUUGGCUUUGGGGAUGACCAGUGAGAUAUACCUGCUGGAGCGCAUACUACGGGUGGGUGUUGCUAUGGUGACCAAUGAGCUAAGAUAAGGCGGGGAUUUGCCUAGCAGUGAUUUAUAGAUGGCCUGGAGCCAGUGGGUUUGGCGACGAAUAUGUAGUGAGGACCAGCCAACAAGAGCGUACAGGUCACAGUGGUGGGUAGUAUAUGGGGCUUUGGAGACAAAACGGAUGGCACUGUGAUAGACUACAUCCAAUUUGCUGAGUAGAGUGUUGGAGGCUAUUUUGUAAAUGACAUCGCCGAAGUCAAGGAUCGGUAGGAUAGUCAGUUUUACGAGGGCAUGUUUGGCAGCAUGAGUGAAGGAGGCUUUGUUGCGAAAUAGGAAACUGAUUCUAGAUUUAACUUUGGAUUGGAGAUUCUUAAUGUGAGUCUGGAAGGAGAGUUUACAGUCUAACCAGACACCUAGGUAUUUGUAGUUGUACACAUACUCUAGGUCAGACCCGUCGAGAGUAGUGAUUCUAGUCGGGUGGGCGGGUGCAAGCAGCGUUCGGUUGAAGAGCAUGCAUUUAGUUUUACUAGUGUUUAAGAGCAGUUGGAGGCUACUGAAGGAGUGUUGUAUGGCAUUGAAGCUCGUUUGGAGGUUUGUUAACACAGUGUCCAAUGAAGGGCCAGAUGUAUACAAAAUGGUGUCGUCUGCGUAGAGGUGGAUCUGAGAGUCACCAGCAGCAAGAGCGACGUCAUUGAUAUACACAGAGAAAAGAGUCGGUCCAAGAAUUGAACCCUGUGGCACCCCCAUAGAGACUGCCAUAGGUCCAGACAACAGGCCCUCCAAUUUGACACAUUGAACUCUAUCAGAGAAGUAGUUGGUGAACCAGGCGAGGCAGUCAUUUGAGAAACCAAGGCUAUUUAGUCUGCCAAUAAGAAUGCGGUGGUUGACAGAGUCGAAAGCCUUGGCCAGGUCAAUGAAAACGGCUGCACAGUACUGUCUAUUAUCGAUCGCGGUUAUAAUAUCGUUUAGGACCUUGAGCGUGGCUGAAGUGCACCCAUGACCAGCUCGGAAACCGGAUUGCAUAGCGGAGAAGGUACGGUGGGAUUCGAAAUGGUCGGUGAUCUGUUUGCUAACUUGGCUUUCAAAAACUUUUGAAAGGCAGGGCAGGAUGGAUAUGGGUCUGUAACAGUUUGGAUCUAGAGUGUCACCCCCUUUGAAGAGGGGGAUGACCGCGGCAGCUUUCUGUUAACCCUUGAAUGAGUACCUGUGUCCAAACUUUUGACUGGCAGCCCCCUCCCCCAUAUAAGAUGAAUGUGGCAGCGUAGUACGACUGUCCAAAUAGGCCUUUCCCUCCGCUCGAGAUAAUUAAAGUCAACUGUAAACACACCUCAUGCUCCUCUUCUGUUUCAGCACAGUGAUUAAACAUUACUAUGGAAACUAUGCUGUUUAAACUGCAUUUGAAUGAUAAAUGUCCCUCAGGCCUUUUUGUGUAUUUAUUUCUGGUAGAGUUAGAGGGCUUAGCUUUUGUUUAACAGGCUCUGAUUUGUUCCUUAUGCAACUAAGCGGCGGUGCUUAAGAGUGUGAAUCAAUGGUUGACUGGCUGCCCUCACACACUGCCAGCUCCCCACAAGGUUGGCUGGGCCCUGGCUGGGCCUUGUGGGUGGUUGCCUGCCAGCUAGCUGGUGGAUGCUGGUCUCUCCUUCUGGCCCUCAGUGGAAAUGCACCAGUUAGGCUGUUAGCGUGACCCCAUGUGGUCAGAUGGGGAUAGACAUGCAUACCAGCUGAGCAGAGGGGUAGGCUACAAAGUAGGAUCAAUGAGUUAGCCAGCUAACUUUGAUAAACAACCAGGAAUAACUAUUGAUUUUCUGGUUCAUUAAGAAAGCUAAACUUUGAUAUGUGUUUUUGGUUGUUGAGUCAAUUAGACCAUGCCCAUUUCAAACGUAUCUUUCUAAAAAAUAGAAAGUCAUUUCAGAAUAUUUAGGCAAGUUAGCUGGCUAACUCAUUGAUUCUGCUUUGUAGUAUACCCCACAGCUGUGCUGUUCGCACACUAUGUGGCACAGAGUUGGUUGACUCAUGAACAGAACACAGUCAAGUGUUUCCUUGAACUUUCAAGGUCAGAUGACACAGUCCCUUUAUCUGAACGUUUAUCGGUCUAAAACUUAACUGCUGAGGCAGGACGUAAAUAGACAGACGUGUCUGACUUUGGUUCAUUGACUUAUCGGCUUCCAUCGUCCUCGUGUAGAGACGUGCUGACAUUAGAUAAAACGGUCACCUGAUAAAGCCACGGGCGCUUAGAAAGCAGAACUGUUUUUGUGAUUUACUCCUGGAGUAUUGAGCUGCUGGUGUGUUUUCAUGUUAUGAUCUAAACAAGACCUCUGUAUGUGGAGGCCGGUUCUUAGUUUAACACUUCUUUCCCCUCCAACAGAAUCUUCAACAUCAGUAAUGGCAAACAGAAGAAACUGUACAAGGGUUCCCAAGGAGAGGAUGGGACUGUCAUCAAGGUGGGUUAGGCUUGCAUGUUUUCAUGUAAUGUAGUGUUGCUGUGAAGACUCAUUUGACAACACCGUAGCUGGUUUCUAAUAAUGGGCCCACAAUUGUUGUCUUCUUCGCUCCUCAGGUUCAGACAGACCCCUCAGGGCUGUAUGUGGCCACCAGCUGCUCAGACAAGAACAUCAGCAUCUUUGACUUCUACUCUGGGGAGUGUGUGGCCACCAUGUUUGGACACUCUGGUAAAAAAAAUACCCCAUUUAGUUAGAAGAAAAGAAAUACAGCAAAAUGUCUGACUGACAAUCUGCAGCCAGCAGUGUAUUCAGAAACAGAAGGAGAAACCAGCAGGAACUCCUCUUCUUCAUCAUUAGGUCCAUCUUUGCAUUUAAUGACCUCUCAUACUGUGAAUUCCACAGAUCAAUUCUUUGUUAAAAAAAAAAUAUAUAUAUAUAUAUAUAUGUCCAUAAUUGAGAGGCCAGAUAUGUUCCUCUUUUUCUUUUUCACAGAGGUUGUGACUGGAAUGAAGUUUACCAAUGACUGCAAGCACAUGAUAACUGUGUCCGGUGACAGCUGUAUCUUUGUGUGGCGUCUGGCCCCGGAGCUGACCAUCAGCAUGAGACAGCGUCUCUCGGACCUCAAACAGAACGGCAAGCCAGUUCAGAGGACCCCACCUCACAAACCUUGCAAUCUCAGGUAGCUACAGUAUUUAAACACACUAAAGUACCUUGACUCUUAUGACUUAUUCCUGUUGUUGGUUGUUCUCUUGUUUCUGUUAGCUCCUCGUGGAGCAAAGGGCCUCCUUGGAGUAUGUAGUUAAUAUGUUUGUGCUAGCUAAUACCCUUAGAAAGCAAACAUAACGUUUACGUAAGUUAGUGGAGACACAUAUAUUCUGAAUGCCAAUUGAAUAAUAUUUUUGAUUGAUGGAGUGAAAGACAAGUGUUAACCCUGUAUUGUUUACAUUUUAGUCAUUUAGCAUACUUACAGGAGGAACUAGGGUUAAGUGCCUUGCUCGUGGGCACAUCAAUAGAUUUUCACCUAGUCAGCUCUGGGAUUCGAACCAGCAACCUUACGGUUACUGGCCCAACGCUCUUAACCGCUAGGCUACCUGCCGCCCCCCUGUUUGUCUACAGGCUUGUUGCUAUGACCGUUGUUAGUUAUUAUGAGAGUUGUACAAUGGCAACUGGAAAUGCACUCUGCUUCCCAAAUGGCACCCUAUUCCCCUUUAUAGUGCACUACUUUUGACUAGAACCCAUAGGGAAUAGGGAAUACGGAUAUAUAGGGAAUACAGUGCCAUUUAGGACGCAUACAUGUUCCGUUUGACGAUUGUCACCUAAAAGUGUGAGUGUUCUAUUCUCUGUCUGUCCUGUGCAGCACCAGGAGAGAGGUACACAGCACCCCUCCCAUUGUCACCAUGUCCUCCGACAGUGACAAAGACUUGGAGGAGGAGGAGGGGAUAGAAGAGGAGGAUGAGGAAGAUAGGAUCUCUCCUUACAUGGUGUCAGGCUGCAGUGCAGGGGAAGAGACAGGUUGGUAUCUCACUAACAUAUGCACACAAACAAACAAUAUACAGUGGGGAGAACAAGUAUUUGAUACACUGCCGAUUUUGCAGGUUUUCCUACUUACAAAGCAUGUAGAGGUCUGUAAUUUUUAUCAUAGGUACACUUCAACUGUGAGAGACGGAAUCUAAAACAAAAAUCCAGAAAAUCACAUUGUAUGAUUUUUAAGUAAUUAAUUUGCAUUUUAUUGCAUGACAUAAGUAUUUGAUCACCUACAAACCAGUAAGAAUUCCGGCUCUCACAGACCUGUUAGUUUUAUUUUAAGAAGCCCUCCUGUUCUCCACUCAUUACCUGUAUUAACUGCACCUGUUUGAACUCGUUACCUGUAUAAAAUACACCUGUCCACACACUCAAUCAAACAGACUCCAACCUCUCCACAAUGGCCAAGACCAGAGAGCUGUGUAAGGACAUCAGGGAUAAAAUUGUAGACCUGCACAAGGCUGGGAUGGGCUACAGGACAAUAGGCAAGCAGCUUGGUGAGAAGGCAACAACUGUUGGCACAAUUAUUAGAAAAUGGAAGAAGUUCAAGAUGACGGUCAAUCACCCUCGGUCUGGGGCUCCAUGCAAGUUCUCACCUCUUGGGGCAUCAAUGAUCAUGAGGAAGGUGAGGGAUCAGCCCAGAACUACACGGCAGGACCUGGUCAAUGACCUGAAGAGAGCUGGGACCACAGUCUCAAAGAAAACCAUUAGUAACACACUACGCCGUCAUGGAUUAAAAUCCUGCAGCGCACGCAAGGUCCCCCUGCUCAAGCCAGCGCAUGUCCAGGCCCGUCUGAAGUUUGCCAAUGACCAUCUGGAUGAUCCAGAGGAGGAAUGGGAGAAGGUCAUGUGGUCUAAUGAGACAAAAAUAUAGCUUUUUGGUCUAAACUCCACUCGCCGUGUUUGGAGGAAGAAGAAGGAUGAGUACAACCCCAAGAACACCAUCCCAACCAUGAAGCAUGGAGGUGGAAACAUCAUUCUUUGGGGAUGCUUUUCUGCAAAGGGGACAGGACGACUGCACCGUAUUGAGGGGAGGAUGGAUGGGGCCAUGUAUCGCAAGAUCUUGGCCAACAACCUCCUUCCCUCAGUAAGAGCAUUGAAGAUGGGUCGUGGCUGGGUCUUCCAGCAUGACAACGACCCGAAACACACAGCCAGGGCAACUAAGGAGUGGCUCUGUAAGAAGCAUCUCAAGGUCCUGGAGUGGCCUAGCCAGUCUCCAGACCAGAACCCAAUAGAAAAUCUUUGGAGGGAGCUGAAAGUCCAUAUUGCCCAGCGACAGCCCCGAAACCUGAAGGAUCUAGAGAAGGUCUGUAUGGAGGAGUGGGCCAAAAUCCCUGCUGCAGUGUGUGCAAACCUGGUCAAGACCUACAGGAAACGUAUGAUCUCUGUAAUUGCAAACAAAGGUUUCUGUACCAAAUAUUAAGUUCUGCUUUUCUGAUGUAUCAAAUACUUAUGUCAUGCAAUAAAAUGCAAAUGUUUUACUUAAAAAUCAUACAAUGUGAUUUUCUGCCUCUCACAGUUGAAGUGUACCUAUGAUAAAAAUUACAGACAUUUAUAUUUACAUUUACGUCAUUUAGCAGACGCUCUUAUCCAGAGCGACUUACAAAUAGGUGCAUUCACCUUAUAGCCAGUGGGAUAACCACUUUACAACGUUUUUUAUUUAUUUUUUGGGUUGGGGUAAGGGGGGGUAGAAGGAUUACUUUAUCCUAUCCCAGGUAUACCUUAAAGAGGUGGGGUUUCAAAUGUCUCCGGAAGGUGAUGAGUGACUCCGCUGUCCUGGCGUCGUGAGGGAGCUUGUUCCACCAUUGGGGUGCCAGAGCAGCGAACAGUUUUGACUGGGCUGAGCCGGAACUAUGCUUCCGCAGAGGUAGGGGAGCCAGCAGGCCAGAAGUGGAUGAACGCAAUGCCCUCAUUUGGGUGUAGGGACUGAUGAGAGCCUGAAGGUACGGAGGUGCCGUUCCCCUCACAGCUCCGUAGGCAAGCACCAUGGUCUUGUAGCAGAUGCGAGCUUCAACUGGAAGCCAGUGGAGUGUGCGGAGGAGCGGGGUGACGUGAGAGAACUUGGGAAGGUUGAACACCAGACGGGCUGCGGCAUUCUGGAUGAGUUGUAGGGGUUUAAUGGCACAGGCAGGGAGCCCAGCCAACAGCGAGUUGCAGUAAUCCAGACGGGAGAUGACAAGUGCCUGGAUUAGGACCUGUGCCGCUUCCUGUGUAAGGCAGGGUCGUACUCUCCGAAUGUUGUAGAGCAUGAACCUACAGGAUCGGGUCACCGCCUUGAUGUUAGCGGAGAACGACAGGGUGUUGUCCAGGGUCACGCCAAGGCUCUUCGCACUCUGGGAGGAGGACACAACGGAGUUGUCAACCGUGAUGGCGAGAUCAUGGAACAGGCAGUCCUUCCCCGGGAGGAAGAGCAGCUCCGUCUUGCCAAGGUUCAGCUUGAGGUGGUGAUGUGACUGGUGGUGAUUUCCCUCACAGGUGACAGACCUCUACAGUGAGGGAAAAAAGUAUUUGAUCCCCUGCUGAUUUUGUACGUUUGCCCACUGACAAAGAAAUGAUCAGUCUAUAAUUUUAAUGGUAGGUUUAUUUGAACAGACAAAAAAAUCCAGAAAAAACGCAUGUCAAAAAUGUUAUAAAUUGAUUUGCAUUUUAAUGAGGGAAAUAAGUAUUUGACCCCCUCUCAAUCAGAAAGAUUUCUGGCUCCCAGGUGUCUUUUAUACAGGUAAUGAGCUGAGAUUAGGAGCACACUCUUAAAGGGAGUGCUCCUAAUCUCAGCUUGUUACCUGUAUAAAAGACACCUGUCCACAGAAGCAAUCAAUCAAUCAGAUUCCAAACUCUCCACCAUGGCCAAGACCAAAGAGCUCUCCAAGGAUGUCAGGGACAAGAUUGUAGACCUACACAAGACUGGAAUGCGCUACAAGACCAUCGCCAAGCAGCUUGGUGAGAAGGUGACAACAGUUGGAGCGAUUAUUCGCAAAUGGAAGAAACACAAAAUAACUGUCAAUCUCCCUCGGCCUGGGGCUCCAUACAAGAUCUCACCUCGUGGAGUUGCAAUGAUCAUGAGAACGGUGAGGAAUCAGCCCAGAACUACACGGGAGGAUCUUGUCAAUGAUCUCAAGGCAGCUGGGACCAUAGUCACCAAGAAAACAAUUGGUAACACACUACGCCGUGAAGGACUGAAAUCCUGCAGCGCCCGCAAGGUCCCCCUGCUCAAGAAAGCACAUAUACAGGCCCGUCUGAAGUUUGCCAAUGAACAUCUGAAUGAUUCAGAGGAGAACUGGGUGAAAGUGUUGAGGUCAGAUGAGACCAAAAUCGAGCUCUUUGGCAUCAACUCAACUCGCCGUGUUUGGAGGAGGAGGAAUGCUGCCUAUGACCCCAAGAACACCAUCCCCACCGUCAAACAUGGAGGUGGAAACAUUAUGCUUCGGGGGUGUUUUUCUGCUAAGGGAACAGGACAACUUCACCACAUCAAAGGGACGAUGGACGGGGCUAUGUACCGUCACAUCUUGGGUGAGAACCUCCUUCCCUCAGCCAGGGCAUUGAAAAUGGGUUGUGGAUGGGUAUUCCAGCAUGACAAUGACCCAAAACACACGGCCAAGGCAACAAAGGAGUGGCUCAAGAAGAAGCACAUUAAGGUCCUGGAGUGGCCUAGCCAGUCUCCAGACCUUAAUCCCAUAGAAAAUCUGUGGAGGGAGCUGAAGGUUCGAGUUGCCAAACAUCAGCCUCGAAACCUUAAUGACUUGGAGAAGAUCUGCAAAGAGGUGUGGGACAAAAUCCCUCCUGAGAUGUGUGCAAACCUGGUGGCCAACUACAACAAACGUCUGACCUCUGUGAUUGCCAACACUGGUUUUGCCACCAAGUACUAAGUCAUUAUUUGCAGAGGGGUCAAAUACUUAUUUCCCUCAUUAAAAUGCAAAUCAAUUUCUAACAUUUUUGACAUGCGUUUUUCUGGAUUUUUUAGUUGUUAUUCUGUCUCUCACUGUUCAAAUAAACCUACCAUAAAAAUUAUAGACUGAUCAUGUCUUUGUCAGUGGGCAAACAUACAAAAUCAGCAGGGGAUCAAAUACUUUUUUCCCUCACUGUACAUGCUUUGUAAGUAGGAAAACCUGCAAAAUCGGCAGUGUAUCAAAUACUUGUUCUCCCCACUGUAGCUGCAGUAUUAAGAAUGUGGUUCUUCACAAUGUUGACAGGACACAUCGUGACAUCAAUUGGUUUUGUGUUUGUUUUUCAGACACCUCAGACGAAAAGCACAACUCUCACGACGGAGAACUGAAAAGGGUUAGUAGCAGCAGUCUUUCUGAAGCAGCUUUUCCUCAGUCCUCUCUGCCCCCAGCCUUGUCUCUCUCCCUCCCCCAUGUAUUUUCGCUGUUGUUUUUGUCACUUGUAAAGUAGACAUUUAAUUCAGACACGGUCUGUGAAUAUUCCCAUUAUAAACUGUGCGCUCAACUCGUGUGUGUGUCCUGUAGGAGAACUCUUUUGGCAGGCGGUCCUCCCAGGGCAGUCACCACUCUGAGGACAGGGAUCCCCGUCCGCGGCGCCGCUGGUCCAGACGCAUGGACAGCAUGGAUCUGAUGGUCAAGUCCAUGUUGGACCUCAGACAGCUGGACUCCUUCGCCAUGCCCCCCUCCUCCCCCACUAAGACCCAGACCCAGCCUGUUGCUGACUCCUUCAGAGACCCAUUCAGAGAGGACGAGCUGGGCAGCACCAUCAGCCUGCAACCCCUCACUGCAUGGGUGAGUUAAUAAAACAGAGAACGGCCACCUGACCUUACUUUGGCCCUGCUUGAUACAGUGCAUAGACAAUGUAUUACUCCAUCUAUAUUACAUAUGGAUUUGCUACUUCUAAAUGUUUAACCAUGGGUCACAAAAUAGGUUGGGUGAAACCAUGGUACUCUCAUCCAUAUUUUGUGUAUAGAGGAUUGUGAGGUCCAAUUCAGUUAUUUCAGGUGAUGUUUUAUGAGUCAUAGUAUUUUCUCAUGUUUGUGUUCCUUGCAGGGGGAGUCUGAGCAGAGGUCCCAGCAGCGGCCCCAAUACAUCAUGCUCUCUCCACAGACACCUGACACAGAGACAGGCCCAGUGCUGUACCCCAACGGCUGUGAGGACAGGGUCAGCUUAGCUGGCAGGUAAAUCAAUCAAAUCAAUCAAUCAAUUAGCCGUCAGGUAAACAUACAGCUUCUACCUUUUUUCUCCUGGAGCUCUACAAUCUCUACAUUACGCCAUUGAUGUAUCUCACGGUCUUAUCAUAGUACACAUACAAUAUAGUUGGGGCCUGUAGUUUUCCCUGACAUGGAAAAACUCCUGGAUCUAUACUAUAUGCAGUGCCUUCAGAAAGUAUUCAUACCUAUUGACUUAUUCCACAUGUUGUUGUGUUACAGCCUGAAUUCAAAAUUGGUUAAAUGGAUUACUUGUCUCACCCAUCUAUCUACACACAAUACCCCAGAAUGACAAAGUGAAAACAUGUUUUUAGCCAUUUUUGCUAAUUUAUUGAAAACUAAAUAGAGACAUAUCUCAUUUACAUAAGUAUUCACACCCCUCAGUCAAUACUUUGUAGAAGCACCUUUGACAGUGAUUACAGCUGUGAGUCUUUCUGGGUAAGUCUCUAAGAGCUUUCCACACCUGGAUUCUGCAACAUUUGCCCAUUUAUUAUUUUCAAAAUUCUUCAAGCUCUGUCAAACUGGUUGUUGAUCAUUGCUAGACAACCAUUUUCAGGUCUUGUCAUAGAUUUUCAAGCAGAUUUAAGUCAAAACUGUAACUCGGCCACUCAGGAACAUUCAUUGUCUUCUUUGUAAGCAACUCCAGUGUAGAUUUGGCCUUGUGUUUUAGGUUAUUGUCCUACUGAAAGGUGAAUUCAUCUCCCAGUGUCUGGUGUAAAGCAGACUGAACCAGGUUUCCUUCUAGGAUUGUGCCUGUGCUUAGCUCCAUUACGUUUAUAUUUUUUAUCCUAAAAAACUCCCCAGUCCUUAACGAUUACAAGCACACCCAUAACAUGAUGCAGCCACCACUAUGCUUGAAAUAUGGAGAGUGGUACUCAGCAAUGUGUUGUAUUGGAUUUGCCCCAAACAUAACACUUUGUAUUGAGGACAAAAAUGUAUUGCUUUGCCACAUUAUUUGCAGUAUUACUUUAGUGCCUUGUUGCAAACAGGAUGUAUGUUUUGGAAUAUUUGUAUUCUGUACAGGCUUCCUGCUUUUCACUCUGUCAAUUAGGUUAGUAUUGUGGAGUAACUACAAUGUUGUUGAUCCAUCCUCAGUUUUCUCCAAUCACAGCCAUUAAACUCUGUAACUGUUUUAAAGUCACCAUGUGGUGUGAAUACUUUCUGAAGGCACUGUACAUGCUGUACCAUCUAAUCCAUAUAUGCAGAUACUUGUGGUCCACAAUGUUGUUUUCACUAUGUAAUGUCUCAUCAAUUGCUGUUAUAUUGUGUAGUAACACUUUAAUUUUUUACAUUUACAUUUUAGUCAUUUAGCAGACGCUCUUAUCCAGAGCGACUUACAGUUAGUGAGUGCAUACAUUUUUCAUACUGGCCCCCCGUGGGAAUCGAACCCACAACCCUGGCGUUGCAAGCGCCAUGCUCUACCAACUGAGCUACAGGAGGCCUUUAAUAAGCGUAAAGGCUGUGUCCUAAAUAGUACCCUAUUUCCUAUGGGCCCAGGUCAUAAGUAGUGCACUUUAUAGGGAAUAUGGUGCCAUUUGGGAUGCAUCCUAACACUUUAAUAAACUUACACUCUACUAUGUGUGUUUCCCUCUCUGUAGUGAGUACCUGGUGAAGGAGCUGCUGCCUGGGCCUGGGGCCAGCAGGAGUGUGAAGGGGUACCAGAACCACAACCAGUGGAGCCAGGGCCACCAUGACAAACACAGCCCAGACAGUGCCUGCUCUGUGGGCUACUACAGCAGCAGACUGUCCAGCCCAGACAGUCCAGACAGUCAGCAGCAGCCUCCUGGAGAGGGUGAGCCCCACACAAGCACAUACAAAUACACACACACAGGGCUCACACACAGGGCUCACACACAGGGCUCACACACAGGGCUCACACACAGGGCUCACACACAGUUUCUCUGUGGACAUUUUUAUGCAAUGUACCUCCGCUAGUUAGUCAAAUUGUCUGUGUGUCAGACUCUGAGCCCACGGAGCCUCUCAGUGUGGAUGGGAACUCCUCUGAAUUGGACAUGGAGGAACUGGAGGUGGAAGAGGAGGGGGGCGUAGGGAGAGGAGAGGCCAAGGGGACGACGGUAGUACCCCAGACCCCGGACCAGGAGGCCUUCCUCAAACAGCACUUUGGCAACCUGGCUGAGCUUAACAACCCAGGUAAGAACGGAGUCUGUGUCCCAGUUACCUCUCCUUGACUGGUAAAAUACAUUUAGGUGGAAACUUCCACUAUCCCAUGCCUCCACCAAUCCAAUGCUUUUAGAUUUGUAGUGAAGUAAAUAGAAGUAGUGAACGAGUGCACACUUCAGGAGAAAAUAAAUAUUAUUGGGAUGCACCCAGAGACUUUAUUGUCCACACAGGAAAAUGCAUUGUGUAGCCAGGAGUACAUGAGACACAAUAGUUUACACAUAACAAAGACACACACACGUUAAUAGUAAAACUAUUUUUCAGAUAUAUUAAUUGUAUUAAUCCUCUCUGAUUGUCAGUGAGUCCGACCAGAGUUGCCACCCCUGACAGUGUCAGCAUCUCCUCCAAGUUCUUGUCCCAAUACUCUGCUGGAAGGUAUGUCGCACAUACCAGUUAGUUGAUCAAAGAAAAUCAGUUAACCCAUACUCAUUUAUCUCAAACGUGAGAUAUCAUUUUAAAUCUACUGAAUAUUGAGAUAAACAGUCCUAACUGAAUGACUCACUGUUUUUCCUUUCUAGCAGGACCUCCUUUCCAUUCCUAUCUAAUAGCGUUGGUGAGGGGAAGGUAGCCAGCGGUGUGAUGAGGCCCCUGGUCUCUCAGGUGAGGCCUCUCAUGGAGCACAACCAGGGCCGAGACCAGACCCAGAACCAAGGUCAGAGCCAGGCUCAGGGCCACAACCACGGCCACAGCCAGAGGAAGGGCUCAGAAGACUCUCAAAAGGGCCCCACCGGGAGACUAGAAGCAGUGGACACUACGGAUACGUUUUUUAAUCUGCGGGCCUCUCCUCUGAGGAAGAAGCUGGCCAACCCUGCAGUGGACUCCCGUAGGAUGGUCAGCCCCGUGGCCAAGGCUACAGCCUCACACCUCAUCUCUACAGGCAUGAGGAAGUCCCAGUCAGUCCAGAACCUGCACACUGAGGGUGAGACACUAAGUAAGGGAUUGUGAUAAUGUAUUAAUGGACAAUGUUAUGAUAAUGUAUUGAUUUAAAAAGGUCCUCAUCUUAUAUUCUAUGUAUGGUGUAAAACUAUAGACUGUAAAAUCAGACUGUAAAACCAGUAGGUAGUGAUAGUGCUGACGUCAUCCACAUAUUCCUAUGGGAAACUCCCGAUGGUGCAUGAAGACGGAAGUAUUUGAAUUUGAGGCGCGCCAUAUUACUUAAUGUGACUCAAUGGCACCAAAAAAUAGUUAAGGAUCAUGGUGAAAAUGGCCGUAAUUAGCAAAGGAUCAUGGUCGAUGUAGUCGUUUUCAUCCUGCCUGAGAGUCAACCUUAAUGUCUAUUGCAUGAGAGCGCGCUCCUCCUCGUAGCCUGCCGGCCCGUGAUUGGGUCUGUGUCAGCACGUGGUCCUGUGUGACGACAAAUGUAAUAGUCAGAAUGGAUCACUAUUUAAUUAAAUAUCUCGAUUUGUAGCAAAACGGCCGUCUAGGUUGCUAUGUAGUAGCCGACCAGCAAAGCUUAUGACUUCACGCUCCAGACCGGACACUGGGGGCCUGUGUAAAGCAUUGGUCAGCAACAGGAGGCCCGCGGACUAAAAAACACUGAAAUCACCAGGAAUUCAGCUGCAAAUUAGUUUAAUUUAGGAAAUCUGUUCCCAAAUAUUCCCACGACUAAAACGAUUUCUGAUAAGAGACACAGAUGUUGUCGCCCUGGCCUGCAUAGCCUAAUCAUUUACCUUCCUUCUCUGUCUGUCUCUUGUUACCAGUAGACAUGCCUCUGACCCUGUCUCGGCCCUCCAAGGAGGUGGCCCCCCAGUCCCAUCACCCCCAGGCCAGCGAGCGUCCAGUGACCCUCCCCACCACCCCCCGCCGCACCCUGCCCAGCGUGCCCCCCUUCUGCAGCCCCACCUCCCCCCAGCCUCGGGACAGCACCAGCCACAGCACAGCCACUACGCCCAGGAGCCUCAAGUCCCGCUGCUCCUACAUGAGCCCCACCACCAGCUCCAUGGCCAAGAUGUCCCGCUCCGUGUCCAUGGGAGACAACCUAAACGUGGCAGAGGAGGAGGCUGGGUCUGGAGGUAGUUCCGACACCUCCAACUCCAACCCUCCAAUGACCAAGAGUCAGAGCUGCUCCUCCCAGAGUCAGAGUACUACCCCAGUGGCCAUGGUCUCCUCAGCCUCCUCCUCCCUCUCAGGGUUGGGUUUAGCCAUGCCCCAGGCUGCUGUUAUCCCCACCCUCAUCGCUAGCUCUAACCCCAGCUCCAACGCUAACCCAACCACCAAGAGCCUGCAGGCCAAGCUGACGUGCAGCACUCGGCCCCAGCUCAACCUGGACAUCUCCAAGUCCCUCCCAGACAAGCCCUCCCUGGCAGUCUUCACUCCCAAUGGUACCUCUAAGACCGCCACAUCCUCCAAGACUGUCAAAGAGGACAACAACUUCUCCCCCAGAUCCCCAGUUAGCUUGUUACCCCACCAGGACCAGAAUCAACCACCACAGCUCUCCAGCAACGUCCAGCUAGUCAUUGCACUGUCCCCCUCCCCUGCGGAGACUAGCCCAGCGCAGAGCCCUGAGGCGGAGCAGCGUGGUCUCACCGCAGAGCUGCGUCCUGAGGCCCCUGUUGUAGACAACAGACUGGAACAGCCAAAGACAGAGGAAAGCCAGGGCCUGACCCAGGAGGAGAGGCCCAUGACGGAGCUGUCUCUACAGGGCAAUCCGGUCUACCUGCUGUCACAUCGAGGGCCCGGCCAGGACCGCACAGGUUUGCUCCAGCGUUCUCCCUCCUUCAUUCUGUCAUCUCUGCGUCUGAGUCUGGCCCUGGCCAGCACCAAGCUCUUCUUUACUACUGGUGCACUGUGGCCUGCUGUCUCCACCCCCAUGUACUCUUCACCUUCACCCUGUCCGUGUCCUCCGUCACUUAACCGUUUUCUCUUGAAGGGUGAGGCAUUCUCUCUCUCUCUCUCGCUCUACCACUCUUUUAAUCUCACGGUCUCUCCCUGUCUCAUCUCUCGCUCUCUCACUUCCCCCUUUUCAUUAACAUUGGUCCUUCCUGUGGUCCUCCUGUGUCCUUGUCCUGCUGUGUUUCCACCCCUUCUUGUGUAAUAGAUCAAACAUACCAGAGCCUAUGAUUACGGUACAGAUUGUUGACAACAUGUUCCCCAUGUUGGCAUAUUGCCCAAUGAAAUAACCUAUUGUCUUGUACUUUCUUACAUUUACAUUUUAGUAAUUUAGCAGAUGCUCUUAUCCAGAGCGACUUACAGUUAGUGAGUGCAUACAUUAUUUAAUUUUUCAUACUGGCCCCCCGUGGGAAUCGAACCCACAACCCUGGCGUUGCAAACGCCAUGCUCUACCAACUGAGCUACAUCCCUGCCGGCCAUUCCCACCCCUACCCUGGACGACGCUGGGCCAAUUGUGCGCCGCCCCAUGGGUCUCCCGGUCGCGGCCGGCUACGACAGAGCCUGGAUACGAACCAGGAUCUCUAGUGGCACAGCUAGCACUGCGAUGCAGUGCCUUAGACCACUACGCCACUCGGGCGCAGUGCUAUGAUGGUUUAAGCAGCGUGAACCUUACCAUGUACUAUAACUCUCUCCUCUUAAAUAGACUGUUCUCUCAGUAUGGAAUCGUGCAGGGUGUUGGCCAGCGAGCUACAGAAUACUUUUAGGAAGGCCUCCCAGUUCUACAGGAUGGUGAGUCACUCACUCCCCCGACAACUAUACACUGAAAGUACUGCUUUACAUUGGCUACUAUUUUAUAGACCACUAUCUCUGUCUGGGUGAUGCAGAGAUGAAAUGUGCUGUUGAUAUGCAACAAUCAAUGUACAACAAUAUGUUAGAACAUUUCCAUACCACAUUUUUGUGGUAAUGUCUGUGUCUUGCAGGUGAACAGUGUGCCUGUAGACUCCAGGCAGGAGCACCAUGAGAUGGCCCAGGUCCUGUCUGAGGCCUUUGAGGCUGUGAGGGCCGAGCUGAGCUCCCUGCCCCAGAGCUCACCACCAUCCCCCUCUGGAGAACCUGCAGCAGGAGGCUCCCUGUGUACAGUGGGCUGCCGGCCUGUAGGACCAGGGACAGGGGGAUCAGGCUCAGGCUCAGGGGAGGAGAGGACUCUGGCUCUGCUGGAGCAGUAUUCUGAGCUCCUCCUCAAAGCUGUGGAGAAGAGGCUGGACAACAAUCAGCUCUCCUAGACAAUCCUCAAGGGAGAGGCAUCUUCUUUUACCCCCUCGCUUUAAGACUGAACCAACCAACCCCCUUGCAAAUGUAGGAUCUUAAGCCAUUGUGCAAGGAUAUCUGCGGACCUGAUUUAUCAGUGGACCUACUACAGUACUUGUUUUUUAAAUCGACUUUGAUUUUUAAAUGAACAGAUUAAAAUAUUCCUGAGGGACACCUGUACAUAAGUUCUUUUUUAAAGGACUUCUAUCUCUCUCUGACUCUGCUGGACUCUGGUUGGGUGGUGGGAUUGUGAGGGUUGCAGUCAGCACAAAGGCCCACUGUAGUAGGCCAACGUGUAACACUAACAUGCCAACAGCACAGAUACUGAUACUGCAGGGAGACCCCUCAGGAUGAUCGAUGCCUCAGCAUUCAUUCCCAGUGUGGCUAAACUGCACUAUAGACUGUCAUUCACCAACCUACCUCCCUCUUAAUAUGUAUCACCUACAGUACCUACCAGACACCUGCACUCUCACAACCACUUGUUUUAUUUACCCCUGUUGCCAAAUAUUGUGCCCUGCUACUUUGUUUUAAGGAAGUUGUUGUUGUUAUGGAAACGCCUGAGGCUAUUACGUAAGUAAUUAGCAGUUAUGCCCUUUGUUACAUAGAUCUCUCAUAGAUUAAGGAAAUAUUAAUAGUUGCUACAUUUCAUGCUGGCUAUCAUUUUGGGUAGAAGAAGCAGAACAUUUGACAAUCGAAGGGUGUUGUUGUUCAAUGCCAUUCCUGACCCCAGUGUUCUAAAACAAUACAAUUGUGAUCCCUACAAUUUGAACUUUCUGUGUUGGUGUCCCUGUCCCGAGCAGGGCUCUUACCCACCAACACGAUGCACCAGGCCAUAGCCACCUCAAAACUACAAGUGGAACACAAGAACCUUCCAAGUCUUAGAAGACAGAUUGUCAGACAUAAUCAUGUUUUAGUGGGUGAUUCGAUUUGAUACAUUGUGUUUUGAGAGGCCCUGUCUGUGUGUGAUGUGUGGUUGUAUUUAUUAUAUUGUAAACGGACCAUGUUACAAAUGGGGUUGUCAGCCUCUUGUGAGUUGUACAUUUUGUUUUGAUACUGCUGACUGGUGUCAGUAUGUUUUGUGCCAGAGCUAGGUCAUCAGUGGGGGACCAACAGAAGACUUGAAGAUAUACAGUAUCAACUGAGUCUCCUCGUUCUUGAACUCUGCUGGAUGAUUUUAUAAAACGUGUGAAUUGUGUUCCCUGUAAUAAUACAAAUGUCUCAAAGAAAUGGGUGCCUUAAUUCAAAACCAGCUUUUUUCAUGGUUCUAAAUUUGUUACGCAAUACCAAAAUAAUAUUUAAUUGUAAUCAAAAGGUGGCUACUGAAAUGUAUCUACUGCUGUGGGAAUCAAAUGACAUUGAGGAGAAGCGUUCUCUGGUGACACUGAAAAGAGACAUCUUAGGGUUGGGUUACCUGAGGAUAAUAACACAUUUAAUUCACAGCUCUUACAUCAGAUACAAACCGGGCAGGAAAGUAAUGAUUUCCGCACCAAUUCCUCAACAUUAAUUGGCUUCAGGUUUUCAUCCUAGUCUCUGGCACUUAUCCACCACAGUAACAAUAUAAAGCACUUCCUUAGCUAUCAAAACGGUCAUAGGUCAAAUUAAUGUAUUUGUAAUAGCUUAGGAUACUAAACUAAACCUUCAGGGUCUCUGUGUGUAUAUAAUGGUGUUACUUAUCUGUGUCAAAGGCUCAGACUAAUUAUUGUGUUCUGCUGCUGCUAUGGCAAUUGUGGCUGCAGACAAGCACAACACUGCCCUCUGUUGUUGGACCUACAGCACUGCCCAGCUGCUGUGACAAACAGCCCAAUCACUCACCUCCCACCACUCAUCUCUGGUCAGGAGAAUGAUAUUCUGUGCUGUGUUUUACAUGUUAUAAUACACUAGUGCUCUCAAACAAUAUUUUAAUCACCUGUGUAUACAAUACUGGGUAUUUUCUCAGUUAUUGAUAGACUUAUUGUUAGGAAACUUUCACAUAUUGGUAGAAACAGUCUGAUCUGGGACCCAAUGUUCUUCCAUCCUCUCAAAGUGCCAUGCCUGGAACUUUAUCAUUUCUCUACUUUUGAUUAAAACAUUGUAUGUACAAAUGACUAGAUGGAUGUGCAUGGACAGACCGCAAAGUUUUUAAAUUGCAGUCGAGCACUGAAAGGACAUGGGUAAUGGUAUAGAAUAAGAAUGAAUUAUUCUGCUGUUUAUUAGUUAUUCAGUAUUUCCCCAUCUGACUGACAAUAUUCAGAACGGUAACGUUAUCUAGCAGACUGGAGGUUUCAUUAAGACAUAGGAUUGUAUUUCAAUGGACAGUAGUACAGAUACCUUUCUGCUGCUAGUAUGCAUGAGUAUAUAUGCAUGAAGGGUAGUGAGGUAUGGAGAUUGACUGACUGGCUCGUUCCUUAGCAGGAUUGCAUGGUUGAACGUACCCUAGGCUUUUUAAACUGAGUCGAUCCCGCUCUUUUUCACUGACUGGUACCCCUGUAGCUGACCCUAGUUCUAAUCUCACCUUUUAUAUGUUAUGAUGAUUACUUGUCUUAAACUGCAGAUGAUGGACCAGCAUUUUCCUCUUUUAGGAAUGAUCACCUUUCAGGCAUUUUGUGAGCUGUUUUCUGUUUAAACUGCAGAUGAUGGACCAGCAUUUUCCUCUUUUAGGAAUGAUCACCUUUCAGGCAUUUUGUGAGCUGUUUUCUGUUUUGCACCAACCUGAGUUCAGUGUUUUUACUGUAUUCCCUCUCUGA